ACACUCUCCGGUUGAUAGGCAGCUAUCACAUCUACCGGGAAUAAAAUACAUGAUUGAGACAAUGGGUAAGUGAUCUGUCAAUUUGUGUUAGAAAAUAGUUGAUUGCUAAUGUUGUCAGUUAUGUGCAAGGUCUCACAACAUGAAAAGAGUGAGAGGUGAUAAUGUUUUGAUGAAGAGAGUGAAUUAGAUUGACGUUGUUUGUUUCUCUCUUACUCCCCAUCUCCCAUCCAAACAUUUAAAAAAACGGACUAGGCCUCUGUUAUUGUAAAAUCAACCUAUUUCUUUAACAAACACAGAGCCUGAGGAGAAUCCUUGUUAUGCAUGCUUGAACACUCAGCUACAAAAACAACAACAAGGUACAAGCCGUUAACAGAGAAAUGUGUCUGUCGAGACUCUCGUGUUAUUGGUUUGUUUACUGUCUGUGCACAUAAGGUGGGCUAGCUCUCAGAACGAACUCUGCUUUGGAACUCGUGCACGCCCUAUUAGGUGUUAGUCACAGUCCGCGGGCCUCGAAAAUUGCCCCGUCCUCCUCAACCGGAGGACGUCAAACCCAUCCUUGGCUAACAAGCCGCUUUGAGGAGGCGAGAGAAGAGCUUAUGCAGGGUCGAGCAAGCAAACUGUGGAGGACCCUUUUUCUCUGGUUGCCCAGUCCGGGCCUGUGCGUCUCUCCGCCGAGCCAAAGCUAUCAGCAAAUCAUUGUUAUUCUGAAAGAGAACAUCAUGUUGAAUGGAUGUUUAUUUUUUUAUUUUUGUCUGGUGCAAAGGCCAGAGCUACAUGAUUCUGAUAUUCUAAGCUCCGUUGAACAGUGGUCGAACUCAGCUAAGCCUCAGGGUGGUCGAUGUGUGUCUCUCCCUCUCCUCUCCUCUCUCCUCUCUCUCUCUCCCUCCUCUCUCUCUCUCUCCCCUCUCUCUCUCUUUCCUUGCCCAUGAAUCAUUCACAUGGUGCUUCACACAUUAGCAAGCAUGUUUGGUUCCGUGUAUCAACAGGAGCAUGUGUUACUUACAGUAGACAAAGACUCUGAAGUCAGUAGUAGAAUAGACUUCACAUUCCUUCAACACUGGGCCCCUCAGGGGUGUAUUCUUAGUCCCCUCCUGUACUCCCCUUCACCCACGACUGCGUUGCCGCACACGACUCCAACACCAUCAUCAAGUUUGCUGACGACACAACAGUAAUGAGACAGCCUACAGGGAGGAAGUCAGAGACUUAGCAGUGUGGUGCCAGGACAACAACCUCUCCCUCAACGUCAGUAAGACCAAGGAGCUGAUCGUGGACUACAGGAGAACGAGGGGAGAGCACGCCCCCAUCCACAUCGCUGUACUGGAGUGGGUCGAGAGCUUCAAAUUCGUUGGUGUCCACAUCACUAAGGACUUAACAUGGUCCACACACACCCACACAUUAGUGAAGAGUGCACGGUAGAGACUGAAAAGUCCACGGAUCCGCCAAAAAGUUAUACAGCUGCACCAUCGAGAGCAUCUUGACUGGCUGUAUCACCGCUUGGUAUGGCAAAUGCACCGCCCUGGACCGCAAAGCUAUACAUAGAGUGGUGCAGACAGUCUAGUAUAUCAGGCAGUGUCAGAGUAAGGCCUUAGAGGCCAUAGACUGUUCACUCUGCUACCGUCUGGCAAAUGGUAAUGAAGCAUUGGCUCUCGGAACAACAGUCUCUGAGACAGCUUCUACCCCCAAGCCAUAAGACUGCUAAAUAGCCAGACUGCUAAAUAGUAAAUGAAUGGUACCUGAACUAUCUGCACUGACCCUAUCUUGCACUGACCCUACGCACACUCACUAGAUUAUAUAUACACACCAUAUACACACUCACUCACACAUACUACAUUGGCACUGUCACACAAAACCCACACACAUUCACAUACAGUACAUAUGCACACACACAUUACACACACGCGCAUACCGACACAACACAAAUACACAUGCACACACACAUACACUUUUAAACUCAUCCUAUGCUGCCUGCUGCUACUCUGUUCUCUAUUUUACUCGUAUUAUGAUCUAUCCUGAUACCUCGUCACUUUACCCUGCCUUUAUGUACAUACUGUAUCUACCUCAAAUACCUUAUUAUUAUUAUUAUUAUUAUUAUUAUUAUUAUGAUCUAUCCUGAUGCCUCGUCACUUUACCCUGCCUUUAUGUACAUAUCUACCUCAUAUACCUUAUUAUUAUUAUUAUGAUCUAUCCUGAUACCUAGUCACUUUACCCUGCCUUCAUGUACAUAUCUACCUCAAAUACCUUAUUAUUAUUAUUAUUAUUAUCUAUCCUGAUGCCUAAUCACUUUACCCUGCCUUUAUGUACAUAUCUACCUCAAAUACCGCGUACCCCUGCACAUUGAUCUGGUACUGGUACUCCCUGUAUAUAGCUUGUGUAAUUUAGUACCCUUGUGUUACAAUUCUUUUAUUUUUUAUUAUUAUUGUUUAUUGCAUAUUUGGGAAGCAGUGCAGGCUGCUGAGGGGAGGAUGGCUCAUAAUAAUGGCUGGACUGGAGCAAAUGGAAUGGCAUCAAACACAUGGAAACCAUGUGUUUAAUGUAUUUGAUACCAUUCUGCUCUAGCCAUUACCACGGGCCCGUCCUCCCCAAUUAAGGUGCCACCAACCUCCUGUGUUGGGAAGGGCUCGUAAACAAAGCGUUUCACGGUAAAGGCUACAGCUGUUGUACUCGGCGCAUAUGAAAUGAAUACAAUUUGAUAUCUCAGCAAUCCAUCCUAAAUAAACACUGACAACAUAAUAAGAACACUUUGAUGUUUAAUUACAGGAUGUUUUAGAGAAGUCAAAGGGGGCAUGUCAACCUCCUAACUGUACUCAAUUUCAAAACACUUGCGUUGAUCACCGUGCAUGUUCAUACUGAUAGCUAUCCCCCUGCCCCAUCUCUCUUCCACUCUUUUCUACGCUGCUCCCUCCCCAUGCGGUCACUGGACUAUGCAACGCUUUUGCAGAUACCCAGCGUGCCUUGCAGGCAGUGGAGCGUCUCCAGGCCAAGCUAAAGGAGCGUGGGGAGGUCCCCACCGAGGAGAAGCUCAGCCUGCUCAAGUCGGUUCUCCAGAGCCCCCUGUUCCACCAGAUUCUGGCCCUUCAGAAGUCUGUCCAGCUCCUCAAAGACCAGGUGGGUAAGAUCAGGUCACAGGGGUGUUGGGAUGUAGGGUCACUAAGUUAGUUAGCUAACUUUGAUGAACAAUAUCAAAUAUACAGUGCCUUCAGAAAGUAUUCACACCCCAUUUUGUUGUGUAACAGCCUGAAUUUAAAAUAUACUGAACAAAAAUAUAAAUGCACCAUGUAAAGUGUUGGUCCCAUGUUUCAUGAGCUGAAAUAAAAGAUCCCCGAAAUUUUCCAUAUGCACAAAAAGCUUAUUUCUCUCACAUUUUGUGCACAAAUUUGUUUUCAUCCAUGUUAGUGAGCAUUUCUCAUUUGCCAAGAUAAUCCAGCCACCUGACAGGUAUGGCAUAUCAAGAAGCUGAUUAAACAGCAUGAUCAUUACACAGGUGCACCUUGUGCUGGGGACAAUAAAAGGCCACUCUAAAAUGUGCACUUUUGCCACACAACCCAAUGCCACAUUUGUCUCAAGUUUUGAGGGAGCGUGCAAUUGGCAGAGCAUUGAAUGUUCAUUUCUCCAGCAUAAGCCGCCUCCAUUGUUUUAGAGAAUUUGUCAGUACGUCCAACCGGCCCAGGACCUCCACAUCCGGCUUCUUCACCUGCGGGAUCGUCUGAGAGCAGUCACCCGGACAGCUGAUGAAACUGAGGAGUAUUUCUGUCAGUAAUAUGGCCCUUUUGUGGGGAUAAACUCAUUUGGUGGGCCUGGCUCCCCAGUAGGUGGGCCUGGCUCCCAAGUGGGUGGGCCUAUGCCCUCCCAGGCCCAGCCAUGGCUGCGCCCCUUCCCAGUCAUGUGAAAUUCAUAGAUUUACAGUGGGGGAAAAAAGUAUUUAGUCAGCCACCAAUUGUGCAAGUUCUCCCACUUAAAAAAGAUGAGAGAGGCCUGUAAUUUUCAUCAUAGGUACACGUCAACUAUGACAGACAAAUUGAAUUUUUUUUCUCCAGAAAAUCACAUUGUAGGAUUUUUUAUGAAUUUAUUUGCAAAUUAUGGUGGAAAAAAAGUAUUUGGUCAAUAACAAAAGUUUCUCAAUACUUUGUUAUAUACCCUUUGUUGGCAAUGACACAGGUCAAACAUUUUCUGUAAGUCUUCACAAGGUUUUCACACACUGUUGCUGGUAUUUUGGCCCAUUCCUCCAUGCAGAUCUCCUCUAGAGCAGUGAUGUUUUGGGGCUGUCGCUGGGCAACACGGACUUUCAACUCCCUCCAAAGAUUUUCUAUGGGGUUGAGAUCUGGAGACUGGCUAGGCCACUCCAGGACCUUGAAAUGCUUCUUACGAAGCCACUCCUUCAUUGCCCGGGCGGUGUGUUUGGGAUCAUUGUCAUGCUGAAAGACCCAGCCACGUUUCAUCUUCAAUGCCCUUGCUGAUGGAAGGAGGUUUUCACUCAAAAUCUCACGAUACAUGGCCCCAUUCAUUAUUUCCUUUACACGGAUCAGUCGUCCUGGUCCCUUUGCAGAAAAACAGCCCCAAAGCAUGAAGUUUCCACCCCCAUGCUUCACAGUAGGUAUGGUGUUCUUUGGAUGCAACUCAGCAUUCUUUGUCCUCCAAAUACGACGAGUUGAGUUUUUACCAAAAAGUUAUAUUUUGGUUUCAUCUGACCAUAUGACAUUCUCCCAAUCCUCUUCUGGAUCAUCCAAAUGCACUCUAGCAAACUUCAGACGGGCCUGGACAUGUUCUGGCUUAAGCAGGGGACACGUCUUGCACUGCAGGAUUUGAGUCCCUGGCGGCGUAGUGUGUUACUGAUGGUAGGCUUUGUUACUUUGGUCCCAGCUCUCUGCAGGUCAUUCACUAGGUCCCCCCGUGUGGUUCUGGGAUUUUUGCUCACCGUUCUUGUGAUCAUUUUGACCCCACGGGGUGAGAUCUUGCGUGGAGCCCCAGAUCGAGGGAGAUUAUCAGUGGUCUUGUAUGUCUUCCAUUUCCUAAUAAUUGCUCCCACAGUUGAUUUCUUCAAACCAAGCUGCUUACCUAUUGCAGAUUCAGUCUUCCCAGCCUGGUGCAGGUCUACAAUUUUGUUUCUGGUGUCCUUUGACAGCUCUUUGGUCUUGGCCAUAGUGGAGUUUGGAGUGUGACUGUUUGAGGUUGUGGACAGGUGUCUUUUACAUUUACAUUACAUUUGCGUCAUUUAGCAGACGCUCUUAUCCAGAGCGACUUACAGGAGCAAUUAGGGGUAAGUGCCUUGCUCAAGGGCACAUCGACAGAUUUUUCACCUAGUCGGCUCAGGGAUUAGAACCAGCGACCUUUCGGUUACUGGCACAACGCUCUUAACCACUAAGCUACCUGCUGCCCUUUUAUACUGAUAACAAGUUCAAACAGGUGCCAUUAAUACAGGUAACGAGUGGAGGACAGAGGAGCCUCUUAAAGAAGAAGUUACAGGUCUGUGAGAGCCAGAAAUCUUGCUUGUUUGUAGGUUAACAAAUACUUAUUUUCCACCAUAAUUUGCAAAUAAAUUCAUAAAAAAUCCUACAAUGUGAUUUUCUGGAGAAAAAAAUUCUCAAAUUGUCUGUCAUAGUUGACGUGUACCUAUGAUGAAAAUUACAGGCCUCUCUCAUCUUUUUAAGUGGGAGAACUUGCACAAUUGGUGGCUGACUAAAUACUUUUUUCCCCCACUGUAUUUAUAUUGACUGAUUUCCAAAUAUAAACUGUAACUCAGUAAUAUUGUUGAAAUUAUUGCAUGUCGCGUUUAUAUCUUUGUUCAGUAUAGAUUAAUUUGAUAUUUUUUGUUACUGGCCUACACACAAUACCCCAUAAUGUCAAAGUGGAAGCCUAAAUAGGUUCAGGAGUAAAAAUGAGCUUAACAAGACGCAUAAUGAGUUGCAUGGACUCACUCUGUGUGCUUUAAUAGUGUUUAACAUGAUUUUUGAAUGACUACCUCAUUAAUUUUUUUUUAUUUUUUUUAUUUAACCUUUAUUUAACGAGGUAAGCCAGUUGAGAACAAGUUGUCAUUUACAACUGUGACCUGGCCAAGAUAAAGCAAAGCAGUGCGAUAAAAACAACAACACAGAGUUACAUAUGGGAUAAACAAAAAUGUACAGUUCAUAACACAGUAGAAAAAUAGAAAAUCUAUAUACAGUGUGUGCAAAUGUAGUAAGUUAUGGAGGUAAGGUAAUAAAUAGGCCAUAGUGCAAAAUAAUUACAAUUUAGUAUUAACACUGGAGUGAUAGGUGUGCAGAAAAUGAUGUGCAAAAAGAGAUACUGGGGUGCAAAUUAGCAAAAUAAAUGACAAUAUGGGGAUGAGGUAGUUGGGUGGGCUAAUUACAGAUGGGCUGUGUACAGGUGCAGUGAUCGGUAAGCUGCUCUGACAACUGAUGCUUAAAGUUAGUGAGGGAGAUAAGAGUCUCCAGCUUCAGAGAUUUUUGCAGUUCGUUCCAGUCAUUGGCAGCAGAGAACUGGAAGGAAUGGCGGUCAAAGGAGGUGUUGGCUUUGGGGAUGACCAGUGAGAUAUACCCGCUGGAGCGCAUACUACAGGUGGGUGUUGCUAUGGUGACCAAUGAGCUAAGAUAAGGCAGGGAUUUGCCUAGCAGUGAUUUAUAGAUGACCUGGAGCCAGUGGGUUUGGCGACGAAUAUGCAGUGAGGGCCAGCCAACAAGAGCGUACAGGUCACAAUGGUGGGUAGUAUAUGUGGCUUUGGUGACAAAACGGAUGGCACUGUGAUAGACUACAUCCAAUUUGCUGAGUAGAGUGUUGGAGGCUAUUUUGUAAAUGACAUCGCCGAAGUGAAGGAUCGGUAGGAUAGUCAGUUUUACGAGGGCAUGUUUGGCAGCAUGAGUGAAGGAGGCUUUGUUGCGAAAUAAGAAGCCGAUUCUAUAUUUAACUUUGGAUUGGAGAUGCUUAAUGUGAGUCUGGAAGGAGAGUUUACGGUCUAACCAGACACCUAGGUAUUUGUAGUUGUCCACAUAUUAUAAGUCAGACCCGCCGAGAGUAGUGAUUCUAGUCGGGCGAGCGGGUGCAGGCAGCGUUCGAUUGAAGAGCAUGCAUUUAGUUUUACUAGUGUUUAAGAACAAUUGGAGGCUACGGAAGGAGUGUUGUAUGGUAUUGAAGCUCGUUUGGAGGUUUGUUAACACAGUGUCCAAUGAAGGGCCAGAUGUAUACAAAAUGGUGUCGUCUGCGUAGAGGUGGAUCUGAGAGUCACCAGCAGCAAGAGCGACAUCAUUGAUAUACACAGAGAAUAGAGUCAGCCCGAGAUUUGAACCCUGUGGCACCCCCAUAGAGACUGCCAGAGGUCCAGACAACAGCCCCUCCGAUUUGACACAUUGAACUCUAUCUGAGAUGUAGUUGGUGAACUAGGCGAGGCAGUCAUUUGAGAAUCCAAGGCUAUUUAGUCUGCCAAUAAGAAUGCGGUGAUUGACAGAGUCAAAAGCCUUAGCCAGGUCGAUGAAGACGGCUGUACAGUAGCUCUGUAGCCUACACAUACAAUUAUCUGUAAGGUCCCUCAGUCGAGCAGUGAAUUUCAAACACAGAUUCAACCACAAAGAUCAGGGAGGUUUACCAAUUUUUACCCAUCUACCUAUUGGUAGAUGGGUAAAAAUUAGAAGCAGACAUUGAAUACCCUAUGAGCAUGGUGAAGUUAUUAAUUACACUUUGGAUGGUGUAUCAAUACACCCAGUCACUACAAAGAUACAGGCGUCCUUCCUAACUCCGUUGCCGGAGAGGAAUGAAACCGCUCAGGGAUUUCACCAUGAGGCCAAUGGUGACUUUAAAACAUCUACAGAGUGUAAUGGCAGUGAUGGGAGAAAACUGAGGAUGGAUCAACAACAUUGUAGUUACUCCACAAUACUAACCUAAUUGACAGUGAAAAGUGUGGCAAAAAAUGUGGCAAAGCAAUUAACUUUUUGUCCUGAAUACAAAGUGUUAUGUUUGGGGAAAAUCCAACACAUUAUGGAGUACCACUCUACAUAUUUUCAAGCAUAGUGGUGGCUGCAUCAUGAUAUUGGUAUGCUUGUAAUCAUUAAGGACUGGGGAGUGUUUCAGGAUAAAAAAGAAACGGGAUGGAGCUAAGCACAGGCAAAAUCCUAGAGGAAGACCUGGUUCAGCCUGCUUUACACCAGAUACUGGGAGAUUAAUUAACCUUUCAGCAGGACAAUAACCUAAAACGCAAGGCCAAAUCUACACUGGAGUACUCUUACCAAGAAGACAGUGGCCGAGUUACAGUUUUGACUUAAAUCUGCUUGAGAGACUUACCCAGAAAGACUCACAGCUGUAAUCACUGCCAAAGGUAAUUCUAACAUGUAUAGAUUUUUUUUUUAAUGUGUUUAUUUAAAUUCUUAAUUUUAAUGUGUUUAUUUUUAUUUUUUCUUCCACAUUGACAUCACAGAGUAUUUUGUGUAGAUCAUUGACAAAAAAAUGGCAAUUAUAUCCAUUUUAAUCACAUUUUGUAACACAACAAAAUGUGGAAUGGUGUGAAUUCCUUCUGAAGGCACUAGCUCUUGAUUUUCUGUUUUAUUGUCAAGAAACCUAAACUUGGGUUGUUUAGGAGUGUCCAGUAGGGUUGGGCUGAUUUUAUAUGAUUAAAUCGAAUAUCAUGAUAUUUGACAUUGACAAUAUAUCGUGAAGUGCAAGACCAUACUCUAUUUGACCUUUACACAUCAACUCUGUGCAGUUUUAUCAGUUAGGCUGUAUCAGUAUGUUGAAAAUGAAGUCUAAAUAAAUGAACUAAGCCUCAUUCUGUCACCAUACUAAGAUUAUUUAAUGAGAAUGUGACUAUAAUAUCGAAAAUAAGCACAAAAAUGGCACAGUCUGAAAUGAUCUAGUCAUUAACAGUCAUUAACAGCGCAAAAUGGAGAAGCAAUUGUCAAGUCAACUGGGCUGGUUUAUCCCAUGCUGUGGAUAUGGAGAUAGUUUAAAGGGAUAGUUCUCCCAAAUUACAAAAUUACAUAUUGGUUUCAUUAAAGCCAGACUCAGUAUGUCCCAAAUAAAAUAUCACAUUUUCUUUUGUUUAAUAUAUGUCGAAAUGGAUAAAUUAAAACUUAAUUUGCCAUUUGGGUCACUUCAAAGUGAUACAAAAUAUGUUUAUAUGAGUUAUAAGUACAGCAGCUUUGUUUACAAAUUGCAGGGCAGAUUUCUCCAGGUAAUUAUGAUCUGUUGCUCUGAUCCAUCCACUACUACAGCAACACAUCAACAAUACAAAUAGGCCUCUCUAUAUCCCUCUAAUUAUAAACAAGACAUUAUAAAUGAUAGUUGAAUGAUACAGAAAAAAAGUGUAAUUUAGCUGACAAAUGCGUGUGGUAACGGUUUAUAUAUUGGCUCCUGGCUGUCAGUCAGUCUGUCUACACCUUUUUGGGAUGUAGUCCGCCAUAAAACCAACAGAAGAAGAGGUCCGUCUGUCUGUCUGUCAGCCGAUGAUUCAUAGCAGAGGAUUUUUUGAAAACACCGGCGGGUCUGUAACAAAGUUACUCUGUUGCGCUAGCUUGAUUUUCUGAAUAAAUCUGGGAACUGGAAUUGUGGGCGAUUUUCAUUCAGCAAGGCAGGGAUUCCUCACUCACGACAAAUGCCAGCAUCACGCUGCUGUGGACAGGGCCAAUGAUAAUCGCGAAAGCCUGAGCUAGCUGUCUACUCGUAAAUGAAACUACAGUACAGUAGUUACACAGCAAGCUAGCGAGCUAAUUUAGCUGGCUAGCAAACAGCUGUCGAUAUAUUCAAGCGUUGCUAAAUGUGCAAACCGGUGGUGUAGCCUACUAUAGUGAAGAAGAAAAAAAUGUGCACUUGCAAACUUUGCUGGAGUUGUUAGCUGGUUUACUAUUGCAACCUUUUGAUGGCAAAUUUAUUUUACAAUUCAACAUAGGCUAGCUAGUUGCUAAGGGUCGUCCUUAUUAUUGUUGCAUAACAGUAUAUUUUUGUCUAGCUCUGUAAAUUUGAAUUUCAUUUUACUGCUGUUAUGUUAAUAGGUGACUUGUAAAUUGUUAUUUUAUAAUACAGCAGCCUGCAUGUUUUUUGUAACUAGAAGAGGCCUACUGGUUGAUCUUGAUCAGAGGGUGGCUUGCCCAACAGCUGCUUAAGAACACUCAGGUAGCCUAGACUCUAGAGCAUGUUAUGACGUCUUGCCUUGGUUUGUAACAAAAUAUAAAAUGUAAACAAAAUGACGAAACUGACACAUACUGAGUCUGGGUUUAACCUCUAAGCAGUCUAUGGACAAGGUAUGACAGCAAUCCAUGCAUUGAUUGUUUUUGUAAUUUGGGUGAACUAUCCCUUUAAGAAUGAGGGUUAGGGUAGCCAUCACUCUAACCCUUACAGGGGGUCAUAAACAUGACCCAAUAAAGUAAACAUAGACUUAACCUCAACCCAUCUCUCAUUCCAACUCCCUAACUGGUCUUUAAAUAUUUGUCCACAUUGUAGAUAAAUGUGUUAAUGGCAUAGCUGCAGACUCAGCUCGUCUUUUCAAUGUAGCUUUAAAUAUGUGCCAUCUUCUUUCAAGAUCAGGAUUGACCAUGUAUGGUCUUUGCUGCAAGAGUAUUAUUAUGUCUAGUAGUUAGAAUGAAAGAAAUUACUGCUACCUGUUUCAGUCUUGAUUUGGUCUGCAUUGAAACCAAUUGAAUUAUUCAGGCUCCAGACAGACUUUGCUUUUUUUCUUCUCAAAUCAUGUAUUACUGUGGUCAUAUUGCAGUCCGAGUUCAUCUGGGCACUUUUAUUAAGGUUAUAUAAGCAGACACUACCAGGCAAAGCCAAAAGGCCUCAUCGGCUUAUCUAGGGCCCAUGAGAAAUUUAGAUUUGUUUUUGCCCAAGAAAGAGCUCUGGUUAGGUCACUGUGGGAAGGGUCAGGGUGAGUGCUUGAGACAGAAAAUAUGUGAGCUAUGCAGUGGUAGGCAGGGAUGCUGCUACAGCUUUUCUUUUUUUUCACCCCUGAAGGAAUUCAGAUUAUAAAGUCCUUGCAGGCAUUUUUUUGUGUGCCAGUGCUUUAUAGCUUAUUUCAGCAGUGUCACAUUCCUUAGCACAAUGUAACAAUCCAUUCCACACAGUAUAGCAUGGGUAACUGUGUGUGUGUGUGUGUGUGUGUGUGUGUGUGUGUGUGUGUGUGUGUGUGUGUGUGGCAUGCUAAACUAUUGCUCUUCCACCCUAAUGUUUUUUUAAGCUAAAAUAAAUUAGCAAUGGAGUCUAUGUUUAUAGAUAAAGUGAAUCAAAGAAAACAUUAAAUAAUGUAAAUUCAAUUUAGAGGAACAGAGAUUAAGCUGAGUGCUUGCAAUACAAAUAUACUUUCUGGCUUCCUUAGGCAAAACCAAUUUGUAGGAAAGAUUUAGUUAGUGUUUUUGUUGUCAGUCAAUGCCUAGACCCACACAUAGUCUGUCUGUCUACUCCCGCCAGUAGUGCUUAGCACUGUCAGUGUCGCUAUGGCGACAGGGCCUGCUCGCAGAAGAGAGAGGCCGCCGCCGUGUGAAGUGGGGCAGAAACAAAUUCUUAAAUGUGCAAGACUGGAGCUUUAAUCCUCUUAGCCCGGCUGGCUAACAAAGCUUGUGUAUGGGACAGCAACUUGAGCGCUACGCUAACUUAGCCUAGCCUGCAGGGUUUUUCUCUUUACAAAGGCUAAAACCUCACCAUAGGCUACUGGCUGGAUGAUAUGUCAGUUAGUGUGUCAAAAAUGCUUCGUCAAUAUGCUAAGCACAAGUUCAAAAGGGCAACCAAAUUCAAGGAUGCUAUAUUUCAAACAAAGUGCUUAUGAAGCAAUGCGCUAGUCCUUUUGGAUCACAUUCAAAUGAAUCAUAAACAAACAUUAGAGCCAAUAAGCAAAUGAGAUUCAAAAACAUAGUUUUACACAUUGUCUAAUUCAUGUAAUCCAUUAGUCACAGAAACACAGUGGUUGCAGCCCAUUUAUUGAGUAGCAUAUCAAGGCAUCCAGAUGGCUAUGAUGGAAAUAUUAUAUUGUGGCAGAGUCAUUGUUGGAUCCACUGAAAGGCUAUUAUCUCUGAAGGAAUGGACUGCUAUAGAUCCAGCUAAUCACUGUUGGGUAACGAGCUGGCCUGCCUCCCACGCACCUAGGCUCCUAGACUUAGUUCGAUUUUGGAAAUUCACGAAAUUAGCCUCUGUUUAUUUUAACAGCAGUGAUGGCAGGUUUUUGGUUAGAACUUGAUUGGAUCGGCUUGUGUGGCCUCAUUUUGCAUAUUAGUGAUACUCAAUGCAAUGCAUGUAUGUAACAAAGUGUGACAAGUAAACAUGGUUUGUGUUGAUAUAUCCAAAAAUAAAGCCGUAAUUUUGUGGAUUAAGCCUGUUUCUGGCGAGAUGUAUAAUUCCUACCGUCACACCAUUGAAUAUAUUUGAUUUCAAAUACUUAGUUAUAGUGUGUGUGAUCACGUCUGUCUAACUUCAAUCAAACAACUGCCACAAAUUCAAUAAACAGCACUUCAAAACUAUAACAGCCAACAGCUUUUAGCAGCUGCUCUUUUUUAUAAACAGUACUGAGUUUACACAGUUUGCCAUAUAUCAAAAUGUUGCAAAACCUAGAGUUCUUGAAUGCAACACUUGUUGACUGUAUUUCCAUUGAUGGUUUCAGGGUGGUGUCACAUCAACACUUAGCGGUGACCUGAGUGAAUGCUACACAUCAGCCCAGGCCAAUGGUGGCCAUCUUGCCUACCCAGAAGCCUCCACUAGUACACAGAUCAAUGGGAAGCAAUCGCCUGAGGAGUUUGAGCACAUCAUUCGCUCCAUGGCUCAGGUAAAGACCUGUUUGGAUAUAACGCAAGCAUUUCAUACAUUUUGAGUUAUGUCAUCACAGCAAGUAACUUUCUUUUAGAUACACAUAUAUUAAGAGGUACAUAUUUCCUUAUAUGGUUGGUUGUUUUUGUUUGUAAUCUGACUUGACUUUUGCACAAAUGCUGUUGGUGGUACUAUUUCUCCACAUCCCUAGACUGUAAGAAAUGUAUUAUCUCCAGAAAUAUAUCUUGAUAAUCACAAGCAAGGCUGGUUACACUCCCGGUCAAGCUAGCUAAAUAUUCAAAGACAAGUGCGCACUACACUACACUACACUACGCAGUGUUUAGUGUACACUCUUGAGUGACUUCAAAUAGACUUCAGAGGAGAGUGUGUGUCUUUGCUGCUGCUGGGAGAGGGGGUAAGAAGGAGGGCUAACAUUGUGUGUGUGAUAUAUAUGCGUACAUUUGUGUGUGUGCGUCUGUGCAUAUGCCUGCGUGUGCCUGCGUGUGUGUCUAGGGGCGUUACGUGAUGUACAUGGAGCUGGUGAAGCCGCUGUCUGGGGGUCUGGGCUUCAGCGUGGUUGGCCUGAGGAGCGAGAACCGUGGGGAGCUGGGCAUCUUCGUCCAGGAGAUCCAGCCCGGGAAGCGUGGCCCACUGGUAUGGGAACGUUAACAAGGGUCAUGCCCAGCAGAUUAAUCUGGUUGAAAUGACAUCAUUAUAACCAGAAACCCAGUUUUGCCCACUGGGUCAACCGUUGAUUAUCUAAUGUGUUAGUGAUGGGCUGGAACAAAAGCCUGCCCACCCUGUAGCAGACAAAUCUGGUUGAAAUGAAGUCAUUAAAACCAGAAACCCCGUUUUUGCACAUUCCAGCUGAAUCAACAGUUGAUUAUCUGAUGUGUAAGUACUGGGCUGGAACAAAAGCCUGCCCACGCUGCAUCUCCCCAAGACCAUAGUGGAUGACUACUGUCUUUUUCGACCUGCAUCUUUUCAACAGUGAGAUUAUCCGCAGUUCUAAGCUUUACAGCCCAUUAGAUAAUCAGCUGUUGACAAUCAACUAUUCAAUAAUGAAUUUAGUUGCACUGAGACCGCAUCUUAUGAAAUAGGUUUGACCUUGAGUCAUCAAUGAAAACUUAACAAUAUAAGACAUUAAAGGGAUAGUUCACCCAAAAUUACAUAUUGGACAAAACUACUAAAAAGUUACCACUUACAGCUGCAAUAUGUCACUUUUUGGGCGACCUGACCAAAUUCACAUAGAAAUGUGUGUUAUAGAUCUGUCAUUCUCAUUAAAAGCAAGUUUAAGAACCGGUAGAUCUGUUCUAUGUGCGCUAUUUUGAUGCCUCAAUAUUUUUGUUUAAUUGGAAAAUAUAUUUCACAGUGGUUUAGAUGCUACAAUUCUCUACACUAUACUUGCUUAUUUUGUCACAAACUGAAAUUAAGCAAACUAUUAGAAUUUUAGCAACCAGGAUGUCAUACUGUAAUUUUGGUGAACUAUCCCUUUAAUUGAUGUCAAUUAUAUAUUUUAUCAUGAGAAUCCUCCUGUUCCCACAGCGAUGGGAAGCUGAAGGAGUCAGAUCAGAUCUUGGCCAUCAACGGUCAACCCCUGGACCAGACAGUGACCCACCAGCAGGCCAUAGGCAUCCUGCAGAGAGCCUCUGAGCACGUGCAGCUCACCAUAGCCAGAGGACCCAUCCCUCAGCUGGCCAGCCCCGUGGUGUCCCGUACCCCCUCCGCUGCCAGCACCCUGUCUGCCCACUCCAGCGCGGUGAGGAGAAUGCACACACAGAGGCUUGUGGAAGCAUACAUAAACACAUUAGCACACACACAAACAUGAACACACUCACAUUCUGCGCGCACACACACACACACAAACUAUGGUGUCCCACAUUCCCAGGGGAGCUAGCGUCAUGCAUGACCACUCUAGCGUGAUGAGGAACACACAGACACAAAAGCAACCCUCAUACACAGACGGUUGUAUAACGUUAGUUCACUGAGGCACACACACAUACACAAUAAUACUUAACGUAUUCCUUCUCGCUCCUUGUGGAGCAAAGGGCCUCAACAGUGUAUCUCUAUCGAACCCUGUUCUGGGUAGUUUUCUUUACAUCCAGGUGGUUCCUGGAAUGAUGUUUCUUCAUUUCCUCUUCAUUAGUCCUUGUUUUCCUUGGACUGCCAACCUCUCUUUUGCCCUGAGGGUUACACCCUAUAGUAAGCUUCCUGUAGUGAAUGUUUUGAGAUCCAUAUCUGACCCUCACUCUCUGUGUCCCUCCUUAGGCCCACUGGAAUCAUGUGGAGACAAUGGAGCUGGUCAAUGACGGGACAGGCCUGGGCUUUGGCAUUGUGGGAGGCAAGACCACCGGUGUCAUUGUCAAAACCAUCCUACCUGGAGGCGUCGCUGAUCAGGUGACUUCAAUGUCAUGGAUGCACCACACAUUGGUAUUUAGAGGAUUUGCAAGCAGGAACCUGUUGUUUACACGUAAUUUCAACCAAAAAAAUUCAAUGUGAUGACGUUGAAUCAACGUGGAAAACUGAUUGGAUUUGCAAAAAGUAAUCAAUAUAUGGGUGGAAAAAAUUCACCCAUCUUUUUACCUAAGUUCAAUGUCAUGGUGACAUUUUUGGUUGAUUUCCCGUUUGUUGACAUCUCAACCAAAUGUAAAUAAAAAAUUUAUGUUGGACUGAUGCCUGUGCCCAGUGGGAAUAUUGGUUUUUGUAAGCCAUACCUACUAGUAAUAACCAACGACUUUCCUACCUUGUACUUAGGAUGGGCACUUACGCAGUGGGGACCACAUCCUCAAGAUUGGGGACACUGACCUUUAUGGCAUGGGAAGUGAGCAGGUGGCUCAGGUACUGAGUUUUGUAUUGAAUUGACUACUGAUAAUGAGACUCGUCUGAGACUUUUGGAUGUACGACUUUGAGACUUGACUGAGACUUGACAAAAACGUCUCCUUUUUAUCACCUUUGUCCUGGUUUUCCUAUAGUUUUAUACAGUAUAGCCCUAAGUGACAAGUAAAAUAUUUAGUGUGUAGUGCUGAUCUCAGUUGUAUUGUGAUUGGUCCAGGUCCUGAGGCAGUGUGGUAACAGAGUGAAGUUGGUUAUCACUAGAGGCCCUCCAGAGGAGACCUCCAUCGUCCCAAUGUUGUUGCCCACGGUCACAGAGCAACAGGUACGACAAGACAAUUGUGUGGGGUGGUUGGGUGGAUGGGUAGGGGGGAAAGGGGGAGGAUAAGGUGGUUUUAUUAGGUUUGUUUCCUUAAAAUGUUAUAUUUACAUAUGACUAGGAUAAAGUGCACAUGGUUCUGUCUCUCUUUUGUUCCAUCUCUCUUCCCCUCAGAGAUAGGCAUCCAAUGAGAAUAAUUUGUGACACGUAACAUCUGUGACUCAGAAGCCUCAGAAGUCACAAUGUUCCAAAAGCUAACAACUGGAAUUCGCUGUACAUUAUCAAGCAGUAUUAGCCUUGACCCUUAUCAACAUUCCAUGACUAACACUCCCAAACUAGACUGUAUAUUAUUUUCUGUACACAGUCUCAGUAACCCCAUUGCUUGAUUGCAAUUUUUAGUUGACAUUGAUCAAAUAAAUAACAUAACUCAUCUGGCUGACAGAGUUGAUGCAUAGGUGAGGAAUGCUUGUUGGUAAAUUGCUAACAGCACAUGGAAUUGGGGGAAUUCCGCACCCGCGACUCGCCCCCUCCACUGUGCUCUCUGUCGGCCAUUUUGUAGAAUGUAGAAGCUGACUCACUCUUCCUCUCUCUAUUCACAGGGAUAUGAGGAAGAGGAGGCCGAAGCGUUCGAUGUUGGGCUGACCAAGAAUGCCCAGGGUCUGGGAAUCACCAUCGCCGGCUAUGUGGGGGACAAAAAUUCUGGUAAGACUUGCCAGCAUUGUUUACUACUAGAAAUAGUUUUAUUUAUUUUCUAAUUUAUUCACUCUGCUUGGGAUGGAAUGAAACCACUUGUGAAGAAAUGUACUUUAAAGAGUCCCAUAGAAUGUAUGGAGCACAGAGCUAUAUAGUGACACUGCCUCUUCUCGUGAAAUGGUGAAUGUUUCUGACUUCUCUAGAACACUCAAACUGCAGAUACAGUUUGACAGUUAAAGGAAUGUUAUCCACACAUGCUCAUUGUGUCUAUUUUGCAAUUUUCAGAGCCCUCUGGUAUUUUCGUGAAAAGUAUAACUAAAGACAGUGCUGUAGAGCAAGAUGGCCGGAUCCAUGUUGGAGACCAGAUCAUAGCCGUAAGUGUCUUAGGCUAUCCUCAACUCUUUUAAUUUUAUUUUUUUGGACAAAUUUAUUUUCACUUUCUGACUUGAACAGAUAGAGAGGGAAGGAGAAUGACAGUGGGGUAGAGGUUGUGCAGUAGGCCAGAUUCGAACCUAUGCCAACACUAACAGCCCUAACCGCUAGACACCCCCAGGCCACACCCCUCUGAUUUUUUUAUUAGCUGUUAUGUAAAUUUAAAUUCCAUGCCAAAGUAUAAAAUAAAGUGUGCAAGGGUAUUUCUCUCAUUUUUGAAUAAUAUGGAGCUUUAUCUAUUUAGAUAAUGUAGGGAGAUAUUAAGGCCCCAUAUUUGAAUAAUUUGGCUUCAGCCGAGAUUUAUACACACUGUUCCAGUCAUGGCUAGGGCUGUUACGGUGACCGUAUUACCGCCACACCGGCGGUCAUGAGUCAUGACGGCAGUCAAAUUCCAUGUGACCAUUUAGUCACGGUAAUUACGCUUCUCCAAGCUCUGAUGCUGCUAAUGGUCAUUAGUAGCCUACCAAACUUGAUAACUGCCUGGUACUCAACACUCUAUUGUCCCUCUAAUCUCUCUGACAUCAAUGCAAAUGUUAUCGAAUAUCUAAUCAACCACUUCAUGGGAGCCCAUUAGCUCAUGUUGCGCAACAUUUCUAUAGGCUAUGCAAUUGCGUGAGAAAACAGAAUGAUGGCCUCUAUUAAAAAGUGGAGGAUCCCAUCAGCUUUCUAUAGGCUAGACCUACUAUAUUUAUUUUAUCAACUUUUCUAAUAUUAAGCACAUUGCUUCUCUUUACAACAGGAGUAUAGCCUACCUGGCUGGCAUGGAAAUGAACCACGGGAAAAGCGUCCUCCAUUCUCUAUUUAAGUGCUUAGAUGACAUUCAUUUUUUGCCCAUGUUUCGAGACAGGUGCAUGAAAAUGGUCCAUUCUAAAUCAAAACAAAUUUCACACAAAUAUUAUUUAGUAUAUGUAAAGACAAGAUUACAUCAAGAACAGUGAUGAUGGGUGACAAUAUUAGCCUAUCACUUGUAAAUUAUAUAUUAUCACUUGUGAAUUAUGCCCAGCUUGUGUGCAGUAAGGCAAGAAACCGCACAUGCCUUUUUUUGCGACUUUUUCAAAUCAUAUUCGCACACCUCAUGUAGACUAGCCCAUAGGCCUAUAUGUUUUGAUAAUGUUUGUAUCACAACUAAAGUGGCCAAAUACCUUAAAAUUAAGCACAUUCAUCCGCUUUACAUUUCAUAAAAAUAAUAAAAGCAUUACAUGCAUUUUUGGCUGUCUUCACUUGUAGCCUGUUAGAAAGAUCUGAUCACGUGACGGGUAUUGGCUAAUAAGAAUUUAGCAAUCUGAGAGAGUCAUGUGAGUGAGGGGUGCUUUGGAGCACGUAGCUGGGAAAAGGGUAUUAUAAUUAUUAUAUUCAGCCCAAGGGCACAACGGCCACUGGCCGCAAAAGGCAUGAUUUUUGGGGGGGCAUUAUGGCCACACAAAGGGGAUGCCGCCGUGAAAUUUGAGGCAUUGUCAAGUGCUUGUCAAAUUGUGAAUGAGAGACUGAUGAAGUGUGUGCCGUCUGCUCAGAAAACAAAGCAGAGCUCAUGCCUUUCAUGCAACUUUUUUCAAAUCAUCAUGCAACUUUUUUCAAAUCAUCAUUAGAGUCGCAUCAUGCAGCCUUAGGCUAUAUGUUUUGAUCACAGCUAAAGUUUUAAAAAAAACUCUAAAUUAAGCAUAUAGGAGUACCUGUUUCUUUGUUAAAUGCUCAACACAGAAUAGCUGGAUGUGCACACUCCCUCAGAAAUCUUUUGGAGAAAAUAUCCUUUCUAUUUUAUUCAGCUAUGUUCAAUUGUAUUCUUAAUACUAUUAAAUAAUGCCACGGAAUUCUAAGCAACUCUUGUCUGCUAAAUAAACUAGUGUAGCCCACAGCCAUAUGGCAUAGCCAGGUCAGAGCCAGAUCAGGGCCUAACAUAAGGACAACUCAGAGUAUGCUAUUCUGUUCUUCUGAAAUAUACUACAUUUUUCUUUAAAAUACAUAAUGGAUUUAUUGUGAUGGUGUAGGCUAUAUUAAAUUGAUUUAUUAGACUUUUUUAAAUGUAGAUGUUCCAAAGGUCUGAAUCAGUGGCUUGUAGGUUAUGCGUGGAAGCCAGGAGAUGCUAAAUGUGUUUAUGUUAAUUAACAGUCAAUUACCGUGAGAUCGGCUUGACAAUCACCGGCUGACAAUUUCAUGACUGCCACAGCCCUAGUCAUGACCCUAAAUUGAGCAUUUACAAUUAAUGCAAAACACUUUCUGUGUUACAUCCUGAAUAAAUUAAUGGAUUUGAAGCAUGAGCAAAUCUUCCAUCAUGAUUUGUUUUCUUGUUGUGAUGUAGGUUUGUCUAUUGGGUGCAACCAUUUUUGUGUGUAUGGGUGUGCCUGGUAUGGGUGUGCCUGGUACGGGUGUGCCUGGUAUGGAUGUGCCUGUGAGCUUGCUUUCCUGUUUGUGUUGUCCUGAGAAUGUAUCCUAUAGACUUGGAUAUACAACUCACGUGCCACAAAGCCUGUUUAAGUACGGAGAAAGCCCUCGUUGAUGCUGUCCAUGCUGUCACAGAAGCCAAUAUAACAAAGAUGCAAAGAAGAGCCCUCUAUUCAUCUCCAUGAUAUAUCCAUAAUCAUGACAUGGAUGAUCGCCCCCUGCAGGUGGACAGUAAUAACAUCCAGGGCUACACCAACCAGCAGGCCGUGGAGGUGCUGAGACACACGGGCCAGACUGUUCACCUGAAGCUGAUCAGGCGAGGCUUCCGUCCAGAGGACAUCCCACCUGCUGUGGUGCCCAGUGUGAUCGUAGUCUCACCAACCCCAGGGGGCAGAGACCCCACACUGGAGAGAACGGAUGUUGUGGACGCCACCACUGAAGGUACCUCUGGACAAAGGGUUUGGGCUACCUGGAUUUGUCCAAUAAAAAAACACACUCAAUUUGGUUUUCUGUUGCAAAGCAUUUUAAAACGUUUUCAAUGGCGUGCCCUAAUGAACAUGACCUUGACAACUGCAUCUUUGAUUGACAGUGCAUAUAUUUAUUGCAUAUUCCACAUACUGUAUUCCAUUUAGCUGAGAAUACAGCCCAACUGUAAUCAAGGGAUGGGAUGGGAUUUUUCUGGGUUAAUCAGGAAUUCCUACUCCAACAUUAUCCUCCAUUCAUACAUGAUAGAAAUGGACCUAUCCCUUAGCCAGAUUGACCUGAUUUCUAUGUAGUCCGUAUGUAUCAAGUGUUUCAGAGUUCUGAUUUAGGUUCAGUUUUGCCUUUUAGAUUGCAAUGAUUAAGUUUCCAUGGACAGGGAAGUACUUCUAUUCUGAGAAGCUUGAUACAUUCAGCCCCUGAUCACAUCCCUGGGGACCCUGCAGGGCUGUGCCCACUUGAGGAAAGUUCACAUACCACAACAUUGCCCUAACUUUAAUGACCUCCAUCUACGUAAGGAUGGUGAAGCUUCUUUCUACUUGUAUCUUCUCACCACAACCACAGCUCCAGAUUUAGAAGGCAGCGCACUCCGCCCUGCUUUAGGAAACCCUGAACUCCUUUAACCUGUAAUUGGGCCAGCCUCAUACGAACCCCAGUAAACAUAAGCGUAGGAAAAUGCAUGACAAAAUCAAAUCAAAUCCAAUUUUAUUGGUCGCAUACAUAUAUUUAGCAGAUGUUAUUGCGGGUGUAGCGAAAUGCUUGUGUUCCAAGCUCCAACAGUGCAGUAAUAUCUAACAAUUUACAACAAUACACACAUCUAAAAGUACAAACACACACGUGCAUGCACACUCACACACACUCUUACGCACACUCACACACACAAUGCCCAUUUAUAACACAACCCCUUACGACAUAACCACCAUGUUCUGGCUAGGAGCAAGAUGUGUAUGUGUGUAUUGACGUGUGUAUAUUGUGUACCCCGGUGCAGGUGAGAAACAGUACCAGGUAUUGAGUGGGGAAUCGGAUGUCACCAACGUGAAGGAUCAGUUAACUGAGAACACCAGAGACGGUAAGUGAAUCCACUCCCCUGUUAUCUGGGGUCCUUUACUAAGGAUAGCUAAUGGAUUGGAAUCUGUUUAAAAUAUGCUAUUGUCGUGAGGACUGGUUUUAGGCUACUGUGCAUUUCAAAAUAAUUGAACCAGUCCAUCUGUAGAUGCUCAACAAACUAUCAAUGCAUGUCUAUAGAUGUUUUCCCUGUUGUAAUUCAACAGAAAUGUUGUUGACAUGUUUUUGAUUGUCUGUGGAUAGUUUGUUGAGCAUCUACAGAUGGACUAUCCACAUGAAGUGUUGCCACACAUUUCAAAUAUAAAUUUUCUCCAUAAUACAGUUCCUUCAGAAAGUAUUCAGACCCCUUGACUUUUUCCACAUUUUGUUACGUUACAGCUUUAUUCUAAAAUAGAUUAAAUUGUUUUUUUCCCCCCUCAUCAAUCUACACACAAUACCCCAUAAUGACAAAGCAAAAACCGUUUUUUUAGAAAUGUUUGCAAAUGUAUAUACAAAAAAUUUUGAAAUAUAUAAUUUACAUAAGUAUUCAGACCCUUUACUCAGUACUUUGUUGAAGCACUUUUGGCAGUGAUUACAGCCUUGAGUCUUCUUGGGUAGGACGCUACAAGCUUGGCACACCAAUAUUUGGGGAGUUUCUCCCAUUCUUCUCUGCAGAUCCUCUCUAGCUCUCUCAGGUUAGAUGGGGAGCGUCGCUGGACAGCUAUUUUCAGGUCUCUCCAGAGAUGUUCGAUCGGGUUCAAGUCCGGGCUCUGGCUGGGCCACUCAAGGACAUUCAGAGACUUGUUCCGAAGCCACUCCUGUGUUGUCUUGGCUGUGUGCUUAGGGUCGUUGUCCUGUUGGAAGGUGUACGUUCCCCCCAGUCUGAUGUCCUGAGCGCUCUGGAGCAGGUUUCAUCAAGGCUCUCUCUGUACUUUGCUCCGUUAAUCUUUUCCUCGAUCCUUACUAGUCUCUCAGUCCCUGCCGCUGAAAAACAUCCCCACAGCAUGAUGCUGCCACCACCAUGCUUCAACUUAGGGAUGGUGCCAGGUUUCCUCCAGACGUGGUUUCAUCAGACCAGAGAAUCUUGUUUCUCAUGGUCUGAGAGUCUUUAGGUGACUUUUGGCAAACUCCAAGCGAGCUGUCAUGUGCCUUUUACUGAGGAAUGGCUUCCGUCUGGCCACUCUACCAUAAAGGCCUGAUUGGUGGAGUGCUGCAGAGAUAGUUGUCCUUCUGGAAGGUUCUUAACGUAAAUGUAAAAAUGUAAAUGUUCUCCCGUCUCCACAGAGGAACUCUGGAGCUCUAUCAGAGUGACCAACGGGUUCUUGGUCACCUCCCUGACCAAGUCCCUUCUCCCCCGAUUGCUCAGUUUGGCCAGGCAGCCAGCUCUAGGAAGAGUCUUGGUGGUUCCAAACGUCUUCCAUUUAAGAAUAAUUGAGGCCACUGUGUUCUUGGGGACCUUCAAUGCUGCAUAAUGUUUUUGGUACCCUUCCCCAGAUCUGUGCCUCGACACAAUCCUGUCUCGGAGUUCUACGUACAAUUCCUCAUGGCUUGGUUUUUUCUCUGACAUGCACUGUCAACUGUGGGACCUUAUAUAGACAGGUGUGUCCCUUUCCAAAUCAUGUCCAAUCAAUUGAACUUACCACAGGUGGACUCCAAUCAAGUUGUAGAAACAUCUCAAGGAUGAUCAAUGGAAACAGGAUGGACCUAAGCUCAAUUUCGAGUCUCAUAGCAAAAGGUUUGAAUACUUAUUUUUAAUACGUUUGCUGAAAUGUCUAAACACCUGUUUUCAUUUUGUCAUUAUAGGGUAUUGUGUGUAGAUUGAUAAGGGAAAAAAUGAAUUUAAUCAUUUUAGAAUAAGGCUGUAACAAGAAGUGGAAAAAGUCAAGGGGUCUGAAUACUUUCUGAAGGCACUUCAGUGGCAAAUAAAUACAGAUUUUCUUCACAUAAAAGGGUAAACGAAAGAUGCCUUUGAAGUGGUUCUUACAGUAACACCAAACUCUUUCAAGUAGGGCAUUUUGGAGUUGUCUAACUGUAGCCUACCGCUUGCUGUGAGUCAUUGAGUCUGAAUCAAUCAGAUGGGACAUAGUAGUUGGUUGAAUGUACUUGAAACUUCAUAUUCUAUUUAAGUCUACACUGAGUGUACAAAACAUUAGGAGCACCUUUCUAAUAUUGAGUUGCACCCCCUUUUGCCCUCAUAACAGCCUCAAUUCUUCAGGGGAUGGACUACAAGGUGUCGAAAGCUUUCCAAAGGGAUGCUGGCCCAUGUUGACUCUAAUGCUUCCCACAGUUGUGUUAAGUUGGCUGGAUGUCCUUUGGUUGGUGGACCAUUCUUAAUACACACAGGAAACUGUUGAGCAUGAAAAACCCAGCAGCAUUGCAGUUCUUGAUACCAUCCGGUGCGCCUGGCACCUACCCCGUUCAAAGGCACUUAAAUAUUUUGUCUUGCCCAUUCACCCUCUGAAUGGUUCACUUACACAAUCCAUGUCUCAAUUGUCUCAAGGCUUAAAAAUACACAUUUAACCGGUCUCCUCCCUUUCAUCUACACUGAUUGAAGUGGAUUCAACAGGUGACAUCAAUAAGGGAUCAUAGCUUUCACCUGGUCAGUCUAUGUAAUGGAAAGAGCAAGUCUUCCUAAUGUUUUGUACACUCAGUGUAUGUUAUAUUGAUGUUUUUAAGAAGCAAAGCUAACAGAGGAUGAAGAGUUGGAGCUGAUGAAGAGGUGGCAGGAGACUCUCGGCCCCAGCAACAAAGUAGUUGUGAGUUAACAGAAGUAACAUCCACCCAAACACAGCCUGUCUCUACUAAAUGAUACAUGGUUGUACUUUUUCCUGUUUUACACGUUCUCUUGCCGUUUUAUGGAUGGACAAGCACUGGUUGCAGAAUAAAAACAUUAUUGUAUGUGUUCUAAAUGGAAAAUGUCUAUAAAAACAUUGUUCAUAAAAAAAAAAAUCAUCAACCAUAUUGCCACACUAGGUCAUUUGAAUGCUGACCAUUAUAGGACAAUUUUAUAAAAUGUGUGAAAGCAUAAUUUUCUGAAAAAGGUGAAUAGUAUUUUCGUACCAACAGAGUUUGCCCACCUGUUGUGCCCAUGCCCAUGACAGGUUGCCCAGGUGGAGAAGUUCAGUGAGAGCAGUGGUCUGGGCAUCAGUCUGGAGGCCAACAACGGGCACCACUACAUUCGCUCCGUCCUGCCGGAGGGGCCAGUGGGAUGCUGUGGGAAACUCUUCAGUGGGGACGAACUGCUUGAGGUAAGGGGUACCGCCAAUAGCGAGAACAUGGUGAACAACAUUUAGCCUGGAACUAACUUACUGCACUAAUUCUUCCACCACUGAUAUCAAAUUUGAAGGUGCCUCAAUUCCUUGGAUAUGUUACUAAGAUGUUUUCACUACGCAAAAAAUAAUAGUGAACAAACUAGAAUGUAUUGCAUACAAAUAAAAACCUAGCCAUUUUUUUUCUUCCAGAAAUGACCCUAAAAUAUUGAUAGGAAUAUUUAGUCACAGUUCCUGCUCUUUUGAAUCUUAAUCGAAAACAUUUAGGCCUUUAUUCAAUCCGAUCGCGGGUUGCAGCUUUUAAAGGCAAUUUCAGAUUGAGCCGACAAAUGCAGAGUUUACCGUGAAUAGGAUCUCUGCGGGAACAGUGCCUUUAAAAACCGCAAUGAGUGACACAACAUAAGUGUUAACCAUUGGAUGUGUGUGCCCACCCCUCUCCAUUCAGGUCAAUGGAAUAUCCCUGAUUGGUGAGACCCACAAGGAAGUGGUGAACAUUCUGAAGGAGCUGCCUGUCUGUGUCUACAUGGCCUGCUGUAGGUCCGCCCCUCUCCUAAAGAGUGACAGGGAUUCUGGCCAACCAGGGUUGGAUGAAUUUGCCACUGAACCGAAAAUGAAGGUACAUUCCCUACGCUCCUUUGAGGUUAUUGAUAAUAAAUUAUUAUUUAAAAAACUCACCUGCUAUGGCUUUACAUCACUUGCCAUCACAUGGUUGGAGAGUUAUUUAACCAAUAGAACCCAGAGAGUGUUCUUCAAUGGAAGCUUUUCUAACAUCAGAUAUGUAUAGUGCGGUGUCCCUCAGGGUAGUUGCCUUGGGCCAUUACUCUUUUCGAUUUUUACAAAUGAUUUGCCACUGGUCUUACAUGAAGCUAGAAUGACUGUAUGCGGAUGAUUCCACACUUUUACAUGUUAGCAACCAAAGGCAGUGAGCUCACAGAAAUUCUAAAUAAGAAGUUAUGGUCAGUAUCAGAAUGGGUCAUCUAAAACUUAGAGAAUGUUUUGAACCAAAUAGAAUGCUUAAACAUCAACUGGAGUUGUGCAUAAAGGGUGUGACCAUUGAGCAAGUUGAGGAAGCUAAACUCCUAGGUAUAACAUUGGAUGGUCAAUUAUCAUGGUCAAGUCAUAUUGACAAAGUUGUUAUGAAGAUCAGGAGGGGUAUGUCUGUUUAUAAAAAGAGCUGCGUUUUUGAAACAAAAAUCAACUGUACUAGUUGUUCAGGCCCUGGUCUUGUCCCAUCUUGAUUACUGUCCGGUAAUAUGGUCAAGUGCAGCAAAGACGACCUAGCAAAGGAAUUCCCUUCCAUCUCCAAUUACUCAAGCAAACAGCAAAAUUACCUAUGUGGAAGCAUCUGCUUUCAAUAUACUUUUUAUCCUUCAUUUACUCAAGUGUUUCCUUUAUUUUGGCAGUUACCUGUAGAUGCUAUUGACAUCGGCAUUAUUACAUACAGUGCAUUCGGAAAGUAUUCAGAUCCCUCGACUUUUUCCACAUUUUGUUACUUUACAGCCUUAUUCUAAAAUGCAUUACAUUAUUUUUUUCCCUCAUCAAUAUACACACAAUACCCCAUAAUGACAAAGUGAAAACAGGUUUGCAGAAAUCUUUGCAAAUGUAUUAAAAAUAAAAAACGUAAGUACCUUAUUUACUUAAGUAUUUAAACCCUUUGCUAUGAGAUUUGAAAUUGAGCUCAGGUGCAUCCGGUUUCCAUUGAUCAUCCUUGAUGUUUCUACGACUUGAUUGGAGUCCACAUGUGUUAAGUUCAAUUGAUUGGACAUGAUUUGGAAAGGGACACACCUGUCUAUAUAAGGUCCCACAGUUGACAGUGCAUGUCAGAGAAGAAAACCAAGCCAUGAGGACAAAGGAAUUGUCCGUAGAGCUCCGAGACAGGAUUGUGUCGAGGCACAGAUCUGGGGAAGGGUACCAAAACAUGUCUGCAGCAUUGAAGAUUCCCAAGAACACAGUGACCUCCAUCAUUCUUAAAUGGAAGAAGUUUGGAACCACCAGAACCACAAGUUUGGGAGAACAUUCCAGAAGGACAACCAUCUCUGCAGCACUCCACCAAUCAGGCCUUCAUGGUUGAGUGGCCAGACGGAAGCCAUUCCUCAGUAAAAGGCACAUGACAGCUCGCUUGGAGUUUGCCAAAAGCCACCUAAAGACUCUCAGACUAUGAGAAACAAGAUUCUCUGGUCUGAUGAAACCAAGAUUGAACUCUUUGGCCUGAAUGCCAAGCGUCACGUCUGGAGGGAACCUGGCACCAUCCCGACGGUGAAGCAUGGUGGUGGCAGCAUCAUGCUGUGGCGAUGUUUUUCAGUGGCAGGGACUGGGAGACUAGUCAGGAUCGAGGGAAAUAUGAACGGAGCAAAGUACAGAGAGAUCCUUGAUGAAAACCUGCUCCAGAGCGCUCAGGACAUCAGACUGUGGGGAACGUACACCUUCCAACAGGACAACGACCCUAAGCACACAGCCAAGACAACGCAGGAGUGGCUUCGGGACAAGUCUCUCAAUGUCCUUGAGUGGCCCAGCCAGAGCUUGGACUUGAACCCGAUCAAACAUCUCUGUAGAGACCUGAAAAUAGCUGUGCAGCGACGCUCUCCAUCCAACCUGACAGAGCUUGAGAGGAUCUGCAGAGAAGAAUGGGAGAAACUCCCCAAAUACAGGUGUGCCAAUCUUGUAGCAUCAUACUCAAGAAGACUCAAGGCUGUAAUUGCUGCCAAAGGUGCUUCAACAAAGUACUGAGUAAUGUGUCUGAAUAUAACAUAUUUCAGUGUUGUUUUUUUUUGUGCAAAUAAAUCUAAAAACCUGUGUUUGCUUUGUCAUUAUGGGUAUUGUGUGUAGAUUGAUGGGAAAAAAAACUAUUUAAUCCAUUUUAGAAUAAUGCUGUAACGUAACAAUGGGAACAAGUCAAGGGGUCUGAAUACUUUCCGAAUGCACUGUAUUUUUGAAACGGUCAAUGUUCCAGUAACUGUCAUGGCAAUAAUCAUUGCUUACUAGCCUAAACAUAAUGCAAUCUAACAUGCAUGGUUGGGGUCAAUUCAGAUUUAAAUUCAGUCAUAUAUCUUUUGUUAUUUUCAGCAAGUGAGUUGUUCAGGAAGUGAUUUGAAAACAACUGAAGGUUAAGCCAGAAAGUCCUUCACAAAAUGGUGGGUGUUGGACAUACAGUAGCAUACAGUAAACCGUGUUUUCCCCCACCCCUUGAUAUUGAAUGACUAAUAUGAUUGGUCCUCCUACUUCACUCAUCCACCCUCAUUAGUUUAACACAGUCUGUCCAAUGCUCUGCCGGGCCUCCAGUUUGGCAACGAUGACGGAUUAAGAUUUAGGAUUAGGAAGGACAGUGACUGUUUAUUAACACCAAUCCAUCUAAAGUAAUACCUCAGGUACUGUGACAAUGCAUGAGAUAUAGGCGAUAGUAGCCAGGGAGCUACACAAAGCUAACCUUCAAUGGAAACCUGCCUUUGGAUUUUGGAUUUCUCCUCAGCUCAUCAGAUGCCUCAGUUUAGGGAAAAAAUACAACAUACAGCACUUCUGCCUAGCAACCAAAGAUUCCCUUUAAUGUGCUGCCAAAAAACUUACGAAACGGCACUAGCGGAGAACCAGCAGCCUAUGGGCUCGGAGUUAGUAAGGAAUGCGUGUGCUGGUAUGAUAUCGAGGAUUUAUCUCUGCAGAUACAGGGAGACCUCAGCAGUUUCCUGGUUUCCGAAGGUUCCGAGGGGGUGGCAACGAAGGAAAAUGUAACGGAGGAGACACUCGGAGCUCCUUUGGCCAUGUGGGAGACGGAGAUACAGGACAUUGAGCUAGAGAAGGGAGAGAGUGGACUGGGAUUCAGCAUCUUGGACUACCAGGUGAGAAUUCUGAAUGGGAAUUCUGGGAAUGAUUAUCAUAGGAAUGAUACUUGCUAGUCAAGCGUAUGUGAUUUUUGCAAAUGAUUGAAUUUACUUAUUUCAUCAUCAUUCACUUCAAAUAGUUGUUGUUGUGGGUUGUACCUGUCUUCGUACUUUGGGAGGAAGUGGUCAUGUGAGCUUUAGGACCGUUGCCCUCUGGGAAAUUAAGUUCAGCAAAAAGCAUAAGUGACUCAAUACACUAAAUGCGCUGUGUUUUUCCAUGUAGAUUGAAACUAAAUUGCUUACUCUUAUUUUUGUUAAAAGUAAUAACUUGUCAUAUACAGAACAUUCAGAAUAAACAAAUCCUCCAAAUAAAAGUGCAUUAUACAUUUUAGUCCUUGUUGCUGUAUUGGAUUAUCUGUUGAGUGCAUCCAUUGACAUUACUGACACAGAUCUUGUCGUAGGACCCAAUUGAUCCGGCCAAGACGGUGAUCGUGAUUCGCUCUCUGGUGUCCGAAGGAGUGGCGGAACAGGAUGGCAGGCUGUUGCCAGGUGACCGGCUCAUGUUCGUCAACAGCACCAACCUGGACAAUGCCAGUCUGGAGGACGCCGUCCAGGCAUUGAAGGGGGCCGACAUCGGCAAGGUCCACAUCGGGGUGGCCAAGCCACUGCCUGUAAGGAAACCCUAUUGUGACGUCUGUCCUAUAGCGAGACUAGUGAGGCGUGUGUGUGAUGUACAGUGAACUCCAAAGGUAUUGGGACAGUGACCAUUUUAGUUUUAUUUUGGCUCUGUACUCCAGCACUUUGGAUUUGAAAGGAUACAAUGACUAUGGGGUUAAAGUGCAGACUGACAGCUUUAAUUUGAUGGCAUUUUCAUCCAUAUCGGGUGAACCGUUUAGAAAUUACAGCACUAACUGUACAUUUUAGGGGACCAAAAGUCAUCAUUGCGUGCUAGGAAUAUGGGACCAAAUACUAAACUUUUGACUACUUUAAUACACGUAAGUGAAUUUGUCCCAAUACUUUUGUUCCUCUAAAAUGGGGGGAACAUGUACAAAAAGUGCUGUAAUUUCUAAACGGUUCACCCGAUAUGGAUAGAAAUACCCUCAAAUUAAAGCUGACAGUCUGCACCUUAACCUCAUAGUCUCUGUAUGAUUUCAAAUCAAAGUGCGAGAGUACAGAACAUGUCACUGUCCCAAUACUUUUGGAGCUCACUGUAUGUGAGCGUUUGUGUGUGUGGGCACUCAGCAUUUGUGUGCGUUUUCUGUCCGGUGUGUGUGGCCACCCAAAAAUGAGGGCUCAUCUUACUGAUGUCUUGAAUUUUUCUUGCUGACAUACUCACCUCCAAGCUCCCAGACAACAGCAUAAGGCAGCACAAACAUCCCUGCCUUUUGUGUCAUAUUGCUUUAUUAUUGCAUUUUGAGGCACCUUGGACUCUGUGUACAUAAAUGCAUUGGGACAGCUGUCAAAAUAAGGGUUUUCCCACAAACAUAUUUACCACCUGAGGGAUUUCUAGUCUAAUCUUUGUGUGUUUUCUGUGAAAAUUGGUUGCAUUCUUUCAGCUUUAGAGUUAGAUUUCUCUCUCUUGGGCUUGCCAUUGGAUUAUGAUGAGAAUGUACAGUAGGUUCUAGCUCUCGUGUCAAGGUUGUUGUAGGUCUGGUGGAUUACAUUGUUUUUGUGAAGCCUCUGUGGAGUUAUCGAGCUCUCCUGCAGCUCAUUUUUGUUGGAUUGCUUCUCAAAAUUGAGUUUGACUGGUAUAAGCCUCUAAUACCGUCUCCAAUCUCUCCCUCUUUUCUCUAUAUCUCUCGCUCGCCGGGCAUCGCGCUAGAUACAAUCAAGAUCAAACGGUCCAUUUAAAGCGAUCUGUGGCAAACUCCAAGAAAGGAUGUCUUUUGAAGUCCUUUGGAAAUCAAAUAACCAAGUACAACUUGUCACCAAACUAUUACCAAAGUAGAGACCAAUCCAUGGAAACCAAAUCAAACCAAUAAGACUCACACUCCUUUCGCUACUAACAACCUCAACUACAUUGUUUAACAACUCCAAUCAAAUUUGACUUGAAAUUUGUAGACAAUGAUUGGAAUUUCCUCAGUAUUAUUUUCUGGGAAUUUCCAGAUAUUUUCCAAUUACAGCCCUGUCUCCACAGCCGUACAAUGAAGAGGGCAGUCCGUCGUCAUCCUCGGGAAUCUGUUCUUUUAUCUUCAACACUCUGCUGGUUAAAGAGAGAGAAGAGGAGCCAGCAGAGGGCCACCUUUUCUGGGCAGAGCCUGCAUUGGUUAGUCGCCGUUGGGGACAUGUCAAACCGACCAUUGAAAUUGAGGGACAAGGGAAAAAAACAACCAAUCAAAAUUAGACACAAAGUAACCAUUGUGACUUCUAAAAUGUGUCCUUUAAAAUAUUCUAUCAAGUACAUUUAAUUUCAUUCGUAACUCUAAUCACAUUCGAUCAACAAAAAACAAAAUAUUGUUUUGAAAUGGCUCUCAUGGCACUCACACAGCUAUCCGUGAUUGGAUAGCUCACCCAUGGAAUAGAGACAUAUUCCCCAUCCAAUUCACUACUUUAAUGCAGAUUGACUCCAAUGAGGCAGACCUGACCGAUGAGAGGGUGUUGGAGCAUCGCUUCUCUGGCGAGGAGGAUGACACCUUCCAAGCAUCCUUGAUCGCCCUCCACGGCAGCACCUGCAGCGCUGACCUGUCCUACCAGAUGAUCUUGCAGUCCUCCACACCCAAGGUAGGCCAACAAACUUGCACUGUGGCUAGCUGAGUCCAUUUUAAAGCCAUUACAGUCAGCAAUUUUUGAAAGCUUGUUACAAAGCAAAAGCAGUAUCAGUAUGGUCAUCUCAUUAGUUUGAAUUUCAUUAGAGCAAUUGCAAGCUGCUGCCCUUUUCACUAAGAAAACUCCUCACGUAAUCAAAAUAAAUAGCUUAUUUUACCAUACAAGGUUGACUUUAAAAGUACUGUGCUAUCUUUAAUUAUUUGACUUCUUCAAACUGGCAGCUAUAUUGAAGUGAUACAAUGUUUAUUUUGUUGUUAACCCCUUUGUAUGUACUGUAUGUUGCCUGUUUUUGUUGUAGAUCUUUGUCUCUUCCUGGAGUGCUAUCCCCAGAGGGUUUUUUUAGAUUAGUAUCUACCUAUAUAUUGCACUGCACCUUAACAAGAUGUUACUACCCUAUUAGAAUUAAAUGGUCCAUUGCGUGCCUCAGUCCUGCUCUCAGCAUUUCUGCUUGUUGCAGUUCUUCCAAAUAGUUUCCUCUCCUAGGGAUUUCUUUUUCCAAGUUUCAUAUUGCCAUCUCGGAUGCUUAAGGAACCGCUGAAGAGAUUCAUUGCCACACAGUUCGGGCCUCAUGAAAUAUAUCUAGGGAGAUAAUAAAGAAAUAUUGGGUGCAACGCACACUCUAAAACAGGAUAAUCUGUAAUUAUCACUAUUCCCCGUCUGUCACUGAUGGCUUUUCAAUGGCUCAUUACGAGGAGUGCAGAGCGGCGACUGAGGUAGACGAAAUCCCCCAGUUGGGUGAUUGUGAAACUAACGAGGUGUAACCUCCAUUUUGGCUCGUCUGGUUUGUUUUACCUACAUAGCGGAGUGCUCGUCUGGACUUGUUGACCGAACACCCCUUUGUGAUGUUGUCCGGCCUCGCAGACGUCACCGAACCCUUCUCCCCGGAGGAGAAGCCCAUCGCUUUCCCCCUGCCCAGGAGUAUUGGAAGUCACUCCCUAAUGAUUGACAACAACGCACUAGCUAGCUCCGAUCAGUACCUGGCGCAUCACUUAACCCAAAUGGAGCCGGCGGAUCUGUCGAACUCCUACAGUCCGUACACUGACUCCGGUUUGAAUGAUUUGGGGGAGCCGAUGCAGUCUCUCCAUUUUCCGGUGGAGCCCACCAUGGCGAUUGCGGACAUAGGGGAGAUGGACGGCUUAAUGAAGGUAAACAAGCCUUCAUCUAAAGAGCUGUGCCAUCUGUCGCUUGGCCAUCGAAUGUCAUUAAGUGUGCUUCAUAAUCAAACAAGCAUGAGUAAAUCGGUCAACAGCAAUGAUCAGGAAAUUGAAAUGCAAGAAGUUACGUUUAACAAAUGUUGAAAUGCAGUGGACUCAUCACAGGCCAAUGUGAAAUGUAAUUGGAUUUACGAGAAUAAUAGCUAAUAACCCAACCAGUUUUAAACAUUCUACUUUUUACUAGAAUUAACAUUUUUAGGUAUUACAUGCCCAAGGUGACGGCAUAACAGAAAAUAAUUUAAGAUGAUUCCCUUCCUUACUUUGUAUGUUUGAUUCCUUGGCUAAUUGUUCCCACGUAACCUCCCUGGUAGUAUAGAUUAACUCUAUCUUAUUCUGUCACAAUUAUUAGUUUUAAAAUGUUGUACCAAAACUUCCUCCAUAGAAAAUAUUUUCUAAUUUGACCUCAAUCUCAUUCUGUCACAAUUAUUCAUUUUUACGUUUUGUACCAUAGAAAAUAUUUAAAAAUGUGUUUCAUGAAUACUUUUUAUUGAAUCAUUAUUCUCAAGGGGGAUGAGCCAUCUGUAAAGCAGUCCAAAGAGGAAGGGGACAAGAUUAGAACCACUGGGAGUAACUUUGAAAGGACAAUCACUGUUGUCAAGGGCAACUCCAGUCUCGGUUUGUAUUAAUUCUUUGGCACUAUGUUGUAUAUUCCUAUAUUUCUUUUUUUAAUUGUCAGCCCUGAUGAGAAAUUGUUGUGAAGAGAACAGUAUUCACUUUUUAAUCAAUCUUUCCUCUUUACACCCCAGAAUUGUAUGUAAAUAAUGCAAUAUCUGAUGCAUUAUGGUCUUUCUGUCUGUUAAGGUUGUUGGAUAUUAAUUAUGAUAUUAACUAUGUGAAUCUCCAGCGCAUCAACAUUAUUAACAAAUGAUUAAAGAUUGAACACAUUACAUAUAAAUGUUCCAGAUCUUUGAGAAUGUUGUCUUUGUAUCUACCUUACAGGGAUGACGGUGAGCGCUGUCAAGGAUGGCUUGGGGAUGCACAUCCGCAGCAUCAUCCACGGAGGCUCCAUCAGCCGAGACGGCCGUCUGGGGGUGGGGGACCUCAUCCUGGCCAUCAACGGCGAGGCCACGGCCAACCUGACCAAUGCACAGGCCCGCGCCAUGCUCCGGAGACACUCCCUCAUUGGGCCAGACAUGGGGUAAGGACCCGGGCUAGGCAACAUGUCCAAUGUUUUGAUACCUUGUCCUUGGAAACCUGUUUUAUAUGGUUUCAUUAAAAUGCCCAACUACUGCCUAUACAUACAGUGCAGAUUUCACAUCAAAUAUAUUAUUCCUAGAUUCCCUACACACGGAUGCACACUCUUUUUUAUGUUACAAUGUAAAAGUCAGAGAGGACUUUUACAUAGACACACUAUUAAACAGUCAGAUAAAUGGCGCCUGACGUCACACUAAAUGCCUCUUGAUCAAAUGUGGUCCUUUAAUUUUUUUGUUAUGUAAAUGAUUUGGUGGCUUUUUCUAUAGCCUAUGUGUACAAUUAUGAUCAAGUCAAGCAUUGAGUUAAGCUUCGUAGUGUAUUGCAUUAGAGUAAAUUGCUCCAAAUGAUCCCAUUAAUGUAAUUUGUACAUCUCCCACACAACAGCUAACUGUUUUAACCAAAGCCAUCCAAAUACACAUUUAAUUGAAAUGAAUUGAGAUUACUAAAACGCAUACCUCAGAAACAACACCUGAUAAUGAAUGUGUAGUAAACAUUAUUAUGCAGUAGAAAGUGUUGAGGAGCUCAGUUUACUUUUAACAAUGCACUUAUCGUCUAAUAGGAAAGGUCAUUGUAAUCCAGUGUUGUGAGUCAUAGACCACCUUAAUAUCACUUAGAAGUUGUGCCAUGCAAAGCAUGAUAGAAUGUACAUAUAUAGGAUCUUAAUUUGAGACUGUUUGCUACAGCAGGAAAAUAAUCCUGCAGCAACAGGAAAUGUGAAUUAGUAUGUGGAUUAUAAUUAAUGAACAUUUUUGUAGGGGUUGAUACAUUUUUCGUGAGGGAAAUUUCAAAGUGGAAAUUGCAAACUUCAGAAGCCCUUUUAAACCUUAUGUACACUACACGUUUUAAAUGUUCUGCCUUGCAGGAAAGUUAUCCUGCAACAGGAUGAUCAAAUUAAGAUCCUACAUCUGUAGGCUACUGUACAUACAUUUAAUAUUUCUGAUGAACACCAAUUGAAUACUGUAGGCUACAUGAAGGUAGGACUUUCAGUCCUAUAGAAAGGCUUUUGGACUACAGCAUUUGGACGAGGGAAGCUACAUUAAAGUCUUGGGCCCCAUUAUUUUCGGUAUCUCAAGUGCUGCUUGCUUUACGUUAAACUUCUCAGUACAGUAUGUUUGCCCAUAAAAUCCUCUUCACCUUCUAGAUCUGCUUGUGCACCAGAGGACGAUCUGUGCCCCUUUUAUGUGUGAGUAUUGCUAACUCCCACGCUGAGGGGUGUGCAACCAAAAUCUGCCAUUUUAAUUUGUUUCCUCACUGUCCACAUUUCCUCACCAUCCUCAUGCGGGCCUCAUCGCCUGUCCAUGGUAGGGAGUUUUAUCCAGAUCUAGAAGUUACAACACAUACAGUAUAUCAACCAUACUGCACAUCUACCUUACACAAACCUUAUCUCAUCCAUAUAUCUAUCAUACACAAGUCUUAUAUUAACCAUAUACAGUGAGGGGGAAAAAAUUAGUUGAUCCCCUGCUGAUUUUGUACGUUUGCCCACUGACAAAGACAUGAUCAGUCUAUCAUUUUAAUGGUAGGUUUAUUUGAACAGUGAGAGACAGAAUAACAACAACAAAAUCCAGAAAAACGCAUGUCAAAAAUGUUAUAAAUUGAUUUGCAUUUUAAUGAGGGAAAUAAGUAUUUGACCCCUCUGCAAAACAUUACUUAGUACUUGGUGGCAAAACCCUUGUUGGCAAUCACAGAGGUCAGACGUUUCUUGUAGUUGGCCACCAGGUUUGCACACAUCUCAGGAGGGAUUUUGUUCCACUCCUCUUUACAGAUCUUCUCCAAGUCAUUAAGGUUUCGAGGCUGACGUUUGGCAACUCGAACCUUCAGCUCCCUCCACAGAUGUUCUAUGGGAUUAAGGUCUGGAGAAAAGUUAGGCCACUCCAGGACCUUAAUGUGCUUCUUCUUGAGCCACUCCUUUGUUGCCUUGGCCGUGUGUUUUGGGUCAUUGUCAUGCUGGAAUACCCAUCCACAACCCCCUUUCAAUGCCCUGGCUGAGGGAAGGAGGUUCUCACCCAAGAUAUGACGGUACAUGGCCCCGUCCAUCGUCCCUUUAAUGAGGUGAAGUUGUCCUGUCCCCUUAGCAGAAAAACACCCCCAAAGCAUAAUGUUUCCACCUCCAUGUUUGACGGUGUGGAUGGUGUUCUUGGGGUCAUAGGCAGCAUUCCUCCUCCUCCAAACACGGCGAGUUGAGUUGAUGGCAAAGAGCUCGAUUUUGGUCUCAUCUGACCACAACACAUUCACCCAGUUCUCCUCUGAAUCAUUCAGAUGUUCAGUGGCAACUUCAGACGGGCCUGUAUAUGUGCUUUCUUGAGCAGGGAGACCUUGCGGGCGCUGCAGGAUUACAGUCCUUCACGUGUUACCAAUUUUUAUUUUUUUUGGUGACUAUGGUCCCAGCUGCCUUGAGAUCAUUGACAAGAUCCUCCCGUGUAGUUCUGGGCUGAUUCCUCACCGUUCUCAUGAUCAUUGCAACUCCAUGAGGUGAGACCUUGCAUGGAGCCCCAGGCCGAGGGAGAUUGACAGUUAUUUUGUGUUUCUUCCAUUUGCGAAUAAUCGCACCAACUGUUGUCACCUUCUCACCAAGCUGCUUGGCGAUGGUCUUGUAGCCCAUUCCAGCCUUGUGUAGGUCUACAAUCGUGUCCCUGACAUCCUUGGAGAGCUCUUUGGUCUUGGCCAUGGUGGAGAGUUUGGAAUCUGAUUGAUUGCUUCUGUGGACAGGUGUCUUUUAUACAGGUAACAAGCUGAGAUUAGAAGCACUCCCUUUAAGAGUGUGCUCCUAAUCUCAGCUCGUUACCUGUAUAAAAUACACCUGGGAGCCAGAAAUCUUUCUGAUUGAGAGGGGGUCAAAUACUUAUUUCCCUCAUUAAAAUGCAAAUACAUUUAUAACAUUUUUGACAUGUGUUUUUCUGGAUGUUUUUGUUGUUAUUCUGUCUCUCACUGUUCAAAUAAACCUACCAUUAAAAUUAUAGACUGAUCAUGUCUUUGUCAGUGGGCAAACGUACAAAAUCAGCAGGGGAUCAAAUAUUUUUUUCCCUCACUGUAUCUACCAUACACAAGUCUUAUAUCAACCAUAUAUCUACAGUACCAGUCAAAAGUGUGGACACACCUACUCAUUCAAGGGUUUUUCUUAAUUUUUUACUAUUUUCUACAUUGUAGAAUAAUAGUGAAGACAUCAAAACUAUGAAAUAACACAUAUGGAAUCAUGUAGUAACCAAAAAAGAAUUCAAACAAAUCAAAUAUAUUUUAUAUUUGAGAUUCUUCAAAUAGCCACCCUUUGCCUUGAUGACAGCUUUGCACACUCUUGGCAUUCUCUCAAUCAGCUUCACCUGGAAUGCUUUUCCAACAGUCUUGAAGGAGUUCCCAUGUAUGCUGAGCACUUGUUGGCUGCUUUUCCUUCACUCUAUCAUCUGACUCAUCCCAAACCAUCUCAAUUUGGUUAAGGUCGGGGGAUUGUGGAGGCCAGGUCAUCUGAUGCAGCACUCCAUCACUCUCCUUCUUGGUAAAAUAGCCCUUACACAGCCUGGAGGUGUGUUGGGUCAUUGUCCUGUUGAAAAACAAAUGAUAGUCCCACUAAGCCCAAACCAGAUGGGAUGGCGUAUCGCUACAGAAUGCUGUGGUAGCCAUGCUGGUUAUGUGUGCCUUGAAUUCUAAAUAAAUCACAGACAGUGUCACCAGCAAAGCACCCCCAUACCAUAACACCUCCUCCAUGCUUUACGGUGGGAACUACACAUGCAGAGAUCAUCCGGCGGUUGGAACCAAAAAUCUCAAAUUUGGACAAUUUCCACCGGUCUAAUGUCCAUUGCUCGUGUUUCUUGCCCCAAGAAGGUCUCUUCUUAUUGGUGUGUUUUUGUAGUGGUUUCUUUGCAGCAAUUCGACCAUGAAGGCCUGAUUCACACAGUCUCCUUUGAACAGUUGAUGUUGAGAUGUGUCUGUGACUUGAACUCUGUGAAGCAUUUAUUUGGGCUGCAAUUUCUGAGGCUGGUAACUUUAAUGAACUUAUCCUCUGCAGCAGAGGUAACUCUGGGUCUUCCAUUCCUGUGGCGGUCCUCAUGAGUGCCAGUUUCAUCAUAGCGCUUGAUGGUUUUUGCGACUGCACUUGAAGAAACUGUCAAAGUUCUUGACAUUUUCCGUAUUGACCUUCAUGUCUUAAAAGUAAUGAUUGACUGUCAUUUCUCUUUGCUUAUUUGAGCUGUUCUUUCCAUAAUAUGGACUUGGUCUUUUACCAAAUAGGGCUAUCUUCUGAUACCCCCCCUACCUUGUCACAUCACAACUGAUUGGCUCAAACGCAUUAAGAAGGAAAUAAAUUCCACAAAUUAACUUUGAAGAUGGCACACCUGUUAAUUGAAAUGCAUUCCAGGUGACUACCUCAUGAAGCUGGUUGAGAGAAUGCCAAGCGUGUGCAAGGCUGUCAUCAAGGCAAAGGGUGGCUAUUUGAAGAAUCUCAAAUAUAAAAUAUAUUUUGAUUUGUUUAGCACUUUUGUGAUUACUAAAUGAUUCCAUGUGUGUUAUUUCAUAGUUUUGAUUUGUUCACUAUUAUUCUACAAAAAUAGUAAAAAUACAGAAAAACCCUUGAAUGAGUAGGUGUGUCCAAACUUUUGACUAGUAGUGUACCAUACCCAAGUCUUAUAUCAACCAUAUAUCUACCAUACACAUACAGUGGGGAAAAAAAGUAUUUAGUCAGCCACCAAUUGUGCAAGUUCUCCCACUUAAAAAGAUGAGAGAGGCCUGUAAUUUUCAUCAUAGGUACACGUCAACUAUGACAGACAAAUUGAGAAAAAAAAUCCAGAAAAUCACAUUGUAGGAUUUUUUAUGAAUUUAUUUGCAAAUUAUGGUGGAAAAUAAGUAUUUGGUCACCUACAAACAAGCAAGAUUUCUGGCUCUCACAGACCUGUAACUUCUUCUUUAAGAGGCUCCUCUGUCCUCCACUCGUUACCUGUAUUAAUGGCACCUGUUUGAACUUGUUAUCAGUAUAAAAGACAACUGUCCACAACCUCAAACAGUCACACUCCAAACUCCACUAUGGCCAAGACCAAAGAGCUGUCAAAGGACACCAGAAACACAAUUGUAGACCUGCACUAGGCUGGGAAGACUGAAUCUGCAAUAGGUAAGCAGCUUCGUUUGAAGAAAUCAACUGUGGGAGCAAUUAUUAGGAAAUGGAAGACAUACAAGACCACUGAUAAUCUCCCUCGAUCUGGGGCUCCACGCAAGAUCUCACCCCGUGGGGUCAAAAUGAUCACAAGAACGGUGAGCAAAAAUCCCAGAACCACACGGGGGGACCUAGUGAAUGACCUGCAGAGAGCUGGGACCAAAGUAACAAAGCCUACCAUCAGUAACACACUACGCCGCCAGGGACUCAAAUCCUGCAGUGCCAGACGUGUCCCCCUGCUUAAGCCAGUACAUGUCCAGGCCCGUCUGAAGUUUGCUAGAGUACAUUUGGAUGAUCCAGAAGAUGAUUGGGAGAAUGUCAUAUGGUCAGAUGAAACCAAAAUAGAACUUUUUGGUAAAAACUGAACUCGUCGUGUUUGGAGGACAAAGAAUGCUGAGUUGCAUCCAAAGAACACCAUACCUACUGUGAAGCAUGGGGGUGGAAACAUCAUGCUUUGGGGCUCUUUUUCUGCAAAGGGACCAGGACGACUGAUCCGUGUAAAGGAAAGAAUGAAUGGGGCCAUGUAUCGUGAGAUUUUGAGUGAAAACCUCCUUCCAUCAGCAAGGGCAUUGAAGAUGAAACGUGGCUGGGUCUUUCAGCAUGACAAUGAUCCCAAACACACCGCCCGGGCAACGAAGGAGUGGCUUCGUAAGAAGCAUUUCAAGGUCCUGGAGUGGCCUAGCCAGUCUCCAGAUCUCAACCCCAUAGAAAAUCUUUGGAGGGAGUUGAAAGUCUGUGUUGCCCAGCGACAGCCCCAAAACAUCACUGCUCUAGAGGAGAUCUGCAUGGAGGAAUGGGCCAAAAUACCAGCAACAGUGUGUGAAAACCUUGUGAAGACUUACAGAAAACGUUUGACCUGUGUCAUUGCCAACAAAAGGUAUAUAACAAAGUAUUGAGAAACUUUUGUUAUUGACCAAAUACUUAUUUUCCACCAUAAUUUGCAAAUACAUUCAUUAAAAAUCCUACAAUGUGAUUUUCUGGAGAAAAAAAUUCUCAUUUUGUCUGUCAUAGUUGACGUGUACCUAUGAUGAAAAUUACAGGCCUCUCUCAUCUUUUUAAGUGGGAGAACUUGCACAAUUGGUGGCAGACUAAAUACUUUUUUCCCCACUGUACCUUAUAUCUACCAUACACAAACCUUAGUCUGACCAGUUAAGUAUAAAAUAGAGCAAACUUCUUAAAUUCACAAUUCAAUCAUUAAUAAUUCAAGAUAUUGUCAAAUGAUGUUGAAAUCUGUGGCCAUUAAAUUUCACCAGAUCAGAUAAUCUUAUAGCUAAUCAAUGCUUUGCUGAUUUUUUUUUAAAUACAGCAUAUUUAAUAUUGCCAAUACCAACACAGAUAUAUCUCCAAAACCAUUUUUUUUGGUGUGGCAGCUAAGCUUCUACUCGUGUCCAUGUGCACAGGUAGUCAAGUUAACGCAGUCCUAACACAAAGUCAAUGUAUCUGGAUAAAUCUCUCACUGGACUGCACCACUAACCAUUAAAACUUCAUCCUUAACACUACAUUGACAUUCUUUUCUGGGACUAUGGGGCUUGCAGGUCCAUUUGUGUGGCGAUAACGAUUGAUUUUGCACUUUUUGGACUUCGCUGUGUCCACCCCAUCACACACUAAUUCACUUGUUCCUUCCGUCAUCUGUUUUUGGAGGCAUUUUAAUUGCUGUUUGAAUGAACAGGGAUUCAAGUACCUCAGUGUCUGCAUGUCCUAAUGUUGAAGUACGAAUCAGUCCAUCGUUGUUAGAUCUGUCAUCUUCACUCAAGUGUAAGUGUGUGUGCUUUAGAAUCAACUAAUCACGAUUGAAUUGCUUUAAACUGGGCCUACCAAAGCGGACCUAUGCUCUUUACCACUUCCCCUUCAUUACAUUCUUAAUAUUUUGGAACGUUCUCUUCUGUUCCAGUAAAUUAAGAAUUGGUGUUCCAAUUGAUGUUCCCUUCAAACCGCCAUGACAUAUUUUGGAAAGAAUUCCGGCACUCAAUUCAAUUCGAGCCAACUUUAUUGGCCCAGACAUUUAUGAACGACGCAAACAUCUGUUUUGGAUAGUUAUGCGGGACGUCUGCUACAUUAUUAAUUGACGGCUCACCUUGGGCUCAUGAUAGGCAGAAUGCAUUGCCGGAGAAAUGUAGAGUUCAUUCCUUCCCCUCCUGCAAUCUUGUGCCGCACAGUUAAUUUGGAUGGGGAGAAAAACAGGCGAGCUCCUGAAUGUAGAUUAGACGUCUAUGAAUAAAUACAAGUCAUUUUGUUAAAGUACCCUUUCUGCCAUAUGGGGUGACAUACGAAUGCAGGCUCUUCCACACUAAUGCUUUGUUAAACGUUCAUGUCAUUCCUAAUGAUGAAUAUUGACAUGCUUGCACACAAAGUUGAACUCUCGUGUCAUAUGUUUAUGGAUAGGAUAUAUAUUUUUGGGGUAUUUGCAGUGAUGAUGACAUCUUGGUCAGGUUGUUGUUAGGAGUGUGCUGAGGUCCAUUGGUGUGUGUGCGCACGUGUGUUCUCAGCAUCACCUAUGUCCCCGUGGAGUAUCUGGAGGAGUACAAGGCCAGCCUGGAGCAGCCUAAAGAUGACGUCUUCUCUGAUGCUCCUCCGGCCCCAAUGUAAGCUCAAACUUUAUAAAACUUUAUAGAAGUAAUAUAUUAUAGAAAGUUAUUUUCAUAACGAUGCCCUCACUAAACUCAUAUGCUUUUGAUUUCAAGCAUAGACCAACUUUUACAACAUUAUUUUGUUGUACUCCAGACAGUACCAAAACAAGUCGAUAACUAUCAUUCAAGCUAUGGUUUACAAAGGCUGCUGUUUUCGGUUUGUCCCUUUGCAGAAGAGAAAUCCCAGAACUCCCAGAGCGGGAGGAUGGAGAGGGAGAGGAGAGCGAGCUACAGAGUGCCACCUUCAGUAACUGGAACCAGCCCAGGAAGUGAGUAGGAAGUUUGACUUUGGCUUGGUCCAGAACAUAGAGUUGGAUAGAGGGUGCCCUUUCCACAAAGCCAGUUUUAGCAUGGGAAGGAAGCGCCAUUGAAGGCUUUCACUAUUUUAAAGUAGUCAACUGGGUGUGACUUCCUAUGGGUUAAUUUAAGAAGUUAUCAUGGCAAAGAUAGGGGUAUACCCUCUUUCCAACUCUAAUGUUAAGAAAACAAAUCUGAUUGGGUAAAUAAGCAAUAAGCACUGCUUUGGACGUCAAGCCAAGGUUUAUGGCAGUAGUUAUACUGCUUUGGAACUGGGAUAGACCCUGCAUACGUAUAUUACCCACUGUCUGUGUUCUGUUUUGUGAUAGUAAUGUUGUUCAAAACCGGUAUCCUCACCUCACCUCCUGUCCUCGAGAGGUGCUCUACACUGUCUGCUGAUUCUAAUCAGUGACUGAUUUAGGCAAGCGAACGCAAGUCUGUGGCACUCUCUGUCCAAUCAAUGACAAUCAAGAGGAAAUCAGCAAACACUGUGGCCCACCAGGAUUAUUAAUAGCUGAGGCUAACUCAAUGGGCUGCAACGUUUAGAAUGUCACAAAUAGAAAUGUAGCCAACUGACACACACCCUAAUCUAAAAGACAGAGAAUCACAUCAAGUCUACCUAAUUUACCGACCCGACACAAUGCCCCAUUUUAUACAACAGAGAAUCAUUUACAUUUUAAAUUGUUGAACCUUCUGUAACGUUGCACUCUCUUGAAUUUGUAUUCAAUAGGUGAGGUUCUUACACAAGCCAUUUUCCUCCUUCAAUGUCACAUGUAAUUCUUUACUUUGUUUGCAAAUAAAUCAAAUUACAGGAGUUGGCCAACUGUGUCCCAAGAAGUGGUACAAUAGAGAACCCCCUUUUUAAAAUAUAUUUUACAAUGCGUGUCAUCUCUCUCAGGGUGGAGCUAAAAAAAGAAGCGGGCAAGUCCCUAUCUACCAUACACAAGUCUUAUAUCAACCAUAUAUCUACAGUACCAGUCAAAAGUUUGGACACACCUACUCAUUCAAGGGUUUUUCUUAAUUUUUACUAUUUUCUACAUUGUAGAAUAAUAGUGAAGACAUCAAAACUAUGAAAUAACACAUCAUGUAGUAACCAAAAAAGAAUUCAACAAAUCAAAUAUAUUUUAUAUUUGAGAUUCUUCAAAUAGCCACCCUUUGCCUUGAUGACAGCUUUGCACACUCUUGGCAUUCUCUCAAUCAGCUUCACCUGGAAUGCUUUUCCAACAGUCUUGAAGGAGUUCCCACGUAUGCUGAGCACUUGUUGGCUGCUUUUCCUUCACUCUAUCAUCUGACUCAUCCCAAACCAUCUCAAUUUGGUUAAGGUCGGGGGAUUGUGGAGGCCAGGUCAUCUGAUGCAGCACUCCAUCACUCUCCUUCUUGGUAAAAUAGCCCUUACACAGCCUGGAGGUGGUGGUGGUACAAUAGAGAACCUCCUUUUAAAAAUAUAUUUGACAAUGCGUGUCAUCUCUCUCAGGGUGGAGCUAAAAAAAGAAGCGGGCAAGUCCCUUGGCAUCAGCAUCGUGGGGGGCAGAGGGAUGGGCAGUCGCCUCAGCAACGGUGAGGUGAUGCGGGGCAUCUUCAUCAAACACAUCCUGGAGGACAGCCCCGCCGGCCGCAACGGAACCCUGAAGACUGGAGACAGGGUUGUUGAGGUACACCCAUCUAUAUUAUUUCACAGUAGCAUGUAUUUACUUUGACAUGGCAAAAUGGUUAUUGCACAGUGAUAACCUAUUAAUUAUUUGUUUGUUUCUUUGGAAUGUAUCAGGUGGAUGGCGUGGACCUGAGAGAUGCCAGUCACGAGCAGGCUGUGGAGGCCAUCCGCAGGGCAGGAAACACUGUAGUGUUCCUCGUCCAGAGUAUCGUCCACAGGCCCAGGGUGAGCCCUCUAGCUCCCUGUGUUGGCAUGCCAGCUCCCUGUGUUGGCAUGCCAGCUCCCUGUGUUGGCAUGCCAGCUCCCUGUGUUGGCAUGCCAGCUCCCUGUGUUGGCAUGCCAGCUCCCUGUGUUGGCAUGCUAGCUCCCUGUGUUGGCAUGCUAGCUCCCUGUGUUGGCAUGCUAGCUCCCUGUGUUGGCAUGCUAGCUCCCUGUGUUGGCAUGCUAGCUCCCUGUGUUGGCAUGCUAGCUCACUGUGUUGGCAUGCUAGCUGUGUGGCAAAUGUCUUUCAACAACAAUACUUUAUUUCCUAAUCUCAAACCAUUAAUUAUCCCAUUUUAAUACAAAAUGUACUUCAAAAAGCUACUUAACCAUCCUGUAUCCAACAAAGACUACAGUAGCUAUCUAUAUAUGUGACAAAGCUUCAAAAGCAUGACUGGCUAUUAGGGUUGCUUUCAUACCCGAGAGUGUGCUUUGCGAGAGGAUGGAUUUGAGGUUUGAGAAAGGCUUUUGCUCAUAUUCAAUUCGUUGACAGACUCCUUGACAGGAUCCAUUUCACUAAAAGUUCAACGGAAACUUCUAAACAUUUGGCUGACUGUAUUUUUCCUGCAUUAUCUUCAUUGGUUUGAAAGCACCAUUAGGCUCCAAAAGCAUGACUAACUAAAAUCCUACUGAAAUUGCUGCCAGCUUUGCAAUAGCCAACAUACCUUGAUAUCCAACUUCCAAUCAUUCAUUUUCAUGCAUGGUUGAAGCUUUCCGGACCUUUUCCGCAACCUUCCACUAACCUUCAUCUAACCAGUCCAGCAUGCACCUCUUCCUCAGCCCGAGUCCCACUGUAGCCCUGCUUCGUCACCAGUCAUAGAGAAAUACAGCACCGCUUUAAAAUGCUUGCCUUAUCAAAUGUGCCAGGUAAUCUCUCGCUCUCUCUGUUUAUUUGUACUGCUUUCUUUCUUUCUUCCUCCCUCUAUCUCUCUCUUUGCACAUCAGUAGAGUCGAUGUUGCUUUAUCUCUCCAUCCAGAAGUUUUCAGACUUGCUUAUAGGCUACUGUAUGUGCAUGCAACAGAAACGUGCAAAAAGAGACCCAAAUAAAAAUUUGAAUCUGAGUGCAUCCAUAGGGAAAAAAAUAGAUAUAAAAUGCUAUAUGCUAGAAAGGUUAACUGCUACGGGGCAGGUAUGUAUUGCUCUUUCUCUUUUAAAUGAUGCCACUGGGACCCACCUACAGAUCGUAAUUAUGCUUUCUAGCAGUUCCCCUUUAAGGCCUUCUUCUACUCUUCUGUGUCACUGGUGAAUAAUCCAAAAGCAGCCUUGAGGAUUUUCUGAAAAAUGUAUUGUUUGGUUCUAAGAAAGAAAAAAAACACUGGUCUCCUUGAGGACAUUCAUUACCAUUCGAUCAUUUUGGAAUAAUUUGAAUGACUCCAGAGCUGUUUUUACUUUUGAACAUCUAUUUUUCUUGGCUAUUCCCUUCUUUCCUGGACAGCCUCUGAUUACAUUUUUGUCAGGGCUCUGCUGCCACAUUUCAUUUCCUUCAACUUCUGUAUCCUUGACUUGCUGUUGAUCCCCUGUGUUGCUUUUAGAAGGCGCCCCUACCCUUUCUUCUGCGUCUGAACACCCACCCCGGGUCUAACCCACGACCCACUAUUCAAACCUCUGCCAGCUUAUUAUCUCCUGCCCCUCCGCUUCAGGUUAGACUGUCUGUAGCUCUACUCUGUCUCUGUCUCUGUGUGUGUGUGUGUGUGUGUGUGUGUGUGUGUGUGUGUGUGUGUGACCCAGUGUCCAAUCUUCCUUCAUGUAGGACUGCUUUCUUUUGCUGCUCAAGGUUUGCUUUUUGUGGGGGGUCAAUCCUACAGUGUAUAAUACUCUUUGUGUAGAAUAUUUUCUCUUUGGCCCAGUUUCCCAGACCCAGAUUAAUUAUACUAAUGAACUCAAAAGCAUGCUCAGUGGAGAAUCUCCAUUGAAAGUGCUUUUGAGUCCAGGAAUAGAUUGUGUCUGCCUGGGAUACUGGCUUAUAACGUUUUGUGAACUGAGGAAGAGGAACAGGAAAUGCUAAAAUAACACAAUAGCUAAUAUGUCCAGUACCCCAAACCACAAGGUUCACUGAAUGUUGCUGUGGUGGUUUCUGGUUGGCAAGCAGAAUAUAUUAAGUCAGCUCCUGGGUGAGAUGUGGUCAGGCCUGGGUGGAAUAUUGAUAAUGAGCUGCCUACCUCACUGGACACAUCACCAUUUUAGUUUUCCCAAUGUGUAUAUACUACCCACUCUGACCAAGGGCAAUCCAUAAUCUGCCAAUACAACCACAACUCAUGAAGAAAGACAAUAACAAUUGAAGUUUCGCUCAGGCUACUUUUUCUGUUACAUUCAAACAAACGUUUUUAAUAUGGAUGCUUUUACUUUAGACAUGUCCCAUGCAAGCCUCACUAAUGAAAUACAGUAUGAUGCCUCACCGUUGGAAGUUCAGCCUUUGCUGAUAUGACAUUUGAUGGCAAUGCCUAGCAGUGUAUUUUUCAUGUCUCCGUCCCUCUUGUACACAACAGUCCUCAACCACAGACACCAACGAGGAGAGAGCGACAGCCAUGGUGCGGUGCAAUAAUGACAAGGUCAGUGUCUCUAUGUAACCUUCAGACCUAUGUCAAAUACUUGAGGUGCACUGGAUUUAGCACGGCGUUUGCACUUUUGGGACUAUUCCAUUGGUUCCACUGUACUGAAACCAAAGGAAACCAAGCACAGCAGGGCUCCCGAGUGGCGCAGUGGUCUAAGGCACUGCAUCUCAGUGCUUGAGGUGUCACUACAGACCCCCUGGUUCGAUUCCAGGCUGUAUCACAACCGGCCGUAGGGCAGCGCACAAUUGGCCCAGCGUCGUCCGGGUUUGGCCGGUGUAGGCCGUCAUUGUAAAUAAGAAUUUGUUCUUAACUGACUUGCCUAGUUAAAUAAAGGUAAAAAAAAAUAAAAAUAAACAGCUCAAGUAUUUUGAAGUGUUUGGGCCCUGGUCUUGUAACCUUAGGGGACAACGCCUGUAACUUGAUGUUGUAUUGUCGUAGAAGUCUCAAACCAAAUUCCCGCAGGGCUUUGUGUACACUUUUUUCAUGCCAAAUGAUUUACAUCUGUGUACAUUAUACUAUUCACCUAUCAAGUUCAUGUCUCAUCAUGACCAGCAAAUAUGUGACUGAAUACAGCUGACCCUUCAGGAAUCGAGUUUGAGACACCUGGGAUAAAUCUUAUUUAGCUUAUCAAAUUACGAUUUUUAGUAGACCUAGCACUUCACUCACACUCUCCAUCAUAGCGGUGGAGUGAAGUUUCUGCCCUUAGUUUCACAAUGUUGUCCUAGUCCUUUGUUGUCUAUCUCACUGAAAGUCACUGACUCUUCUCUGUUCUCUGUAGGAGGUUGAGAGUCACAGUAGACUAUUCCUACGCCUCUCCCCAACUAACCCUUUCACUCCUACUCCGUUUAAGGUUUGUGGGUCUUUGUGUUGUCGUGCUUUUCACCUUCUAUUCCCAUGUAUACUUGUACGGUUGUGUUAUGGAAUAUAUGUGGAGACACAUAUAUUGGACAGGCCUUACAUGCAUACAUGCUGUCCUAACACAUUUCCACUAAACCUAUCUGAAUCCCUUUUUAUUUUUUGUGUUUUGUUGGUUACAAAUAGAACAUUGAAAUGUCGAAAUUGAAACGUGCCCAAUUUAAUCUCUUGCAAAAAAUAUGCAAUUUUUUGAUUCUGAAUCAAAAUGCUUUUUAAUUUUCCUAAAUUGAUCAAAAUAAUCCAAGUUUUGUCUUGGAUUGUGUUGCACUUGCUUCAUAAGGUAAGUGUCCAUUUGAAUGUGUUAUCAGAUGGACAAUGGUUGGAUUGAAUUCUAUCAGUAAGGAACAUUUGUUAUUAAACUCAGUCUUGAACAUUGAGGUAAUCUAAAAAUACACUACUUAUGACUUGAAUCAAUGGAAUGCUUUGCUUACAGCAGUUUAGUCAAAUAACAGUUUAGUCAUAUAAACUAAAAAUACAUCCUUAAAAAGUAGGGUGACCCCGUUUUAAAGGGUCCACCUGCACGACUGACUAAAACGUACUUUACCGACUCAACUUAACAGUACAGCUUUAGGUUGUAGUCAGCUAAACCUGCUACGCUGAAACUAAAUGAUUAUCUGCCUUUUUGCCACACUACAACUCUAUUGUCCUGAUACUUCUGUGAUGUGGCAGCCACCAAAGAGGGAAGUGGGAAAGACAUCGUCCACUACUCCUCACCUCUCCCUUCCCGUGGUUCCCCACGUCGGAGAGACAGACACCGAUACCCUGACAGAGAUUCCCGACAGACAGGCCCAGACGGAAGACAAGGAUGAGUUUGGCUACAGCUGGAGUGAGUGUGACUAUGAACAGAUCUAGGGACAGUUUACCCUCCCCUUAAACACUCAAAACCGAUCAAUAAGGGCAACUUCCUCCUUCUUCAUGAAAGGUCACUCAUUGGACCGAAGUUGGCUAACUAUGUUAUGUUAUCUGGGUGCUCACGUUGUUAUUAUGGAUCAUUAUACAAUGAACAAGACCAUGGAUGGACCCCAUCCAGAAAACCCUCCUAGCCCCCACUCCAUAGGCACUCGAAUAGAACUGAAUAUAUAUGAUAGGUGAAAGUCCUACCAAUUCAUCAGUGGGUAGGCACUAGGGUUUGUUUCCAUGGAUUCAGCCAGCUCCCUCUUGGCAUGCCUACUCUCAUGUGCUACCACCUAGCGGCCACUAGAGGGCAUCCACAUUGCAUUUUGAACAUGACCUGAUCUGCGCAAUCAUAGUCUUGCCAGUGCUUGAAUUGGGCCGGAACACACCGGUACACCCAAAAUAGGUACAAGCACCUAUUUCAGUCUACUUCAAGCACUAAGUCUGGCUACUAGGCUCUCAAGGCAAGUGAACUAGGCUAGCACAAUCAUAUUAUACCUAUCUAAUUAUUCAAAAUGAAGCGUCAGCGGGGUAGGGAAAGGGGUGGUUUCUGAAUGGGGCCUCAGGCUCUUCUGAUUAUGGACAGUAUAGUCCCUUCUGGGCCCCUGGUGUGUGUGUGUGUGUGUGUGUCCGUCCUGUGGGGAUCAGAUUGAUGAGGUGAGUCAGGGAGAUUAGUACAGGAGUGAUGGUACAGUACAGUCUGUGGCACACAGCCCAGAACAACAUGGUCUCCUCUGAAUACUAUCCAUUCCACUGAGAGAUAGAGAGAGAGGCCUGUCUGUCUGUCAGGAUCAAUACAAACCUAGGUUUGGCAGUGUCUUUGUAAGUUGAAACGAUGACAUAUUUGACUCUAAUGUGAGAUGUGUUGAGUAUGACUUUGCAUUUGAUGUGAUCCUUUAGUUUAGAACCACUGACUAUGAUUUUUGUUAAAAGUUGUUUAAUUCCCAUUCAUGACUUGGAUGUAUGAGUAUAGCAAGUCAAGAAAAGCUAUCCAGCGAAAAUCUAUGCCAAACACUACAUGGAAAGCUAUUUGAUUAUAUAGUCAAUAAUUUCACAUAAUUAUAUUAUACAACACACACAGGUUCUAGUCAAGCCUGCAACUGUAUUCACAUUCAUCUGUAUGAUGUUUCAGUGUUUCGACUCAUUUCAAUCUAUCCACUGUUCUCUACAGAGAACAUCAUUCAGCGCUACGGCAGCCUUCCGGGGCUGCUGCACAUGAUUGAGCUGGAGAAAGGGAAGACUGGCCUGGGCCUUAGUCUGGCUGGCAACCGCGACCGCUCCCACAUGAGUGUGUUUGUGGUCGGGAUCGACCCCACUGGAGCCGCCGGCAAAGAUGGUCGCAUUGUGGUAGGGGAUGAACUGUUGGAGGUGAGGAGCUUGGAUUAGUAAUUUAGUGGUCACCGACGCUAUAGAUUGGUGGGUUUUUAACCAGGAGUUGGUGCCCAGUGGGUAUUACUGUGUUUUAUGUACUAAAUCACAUUAUGUCUUGAUGUAGCUUUUCCUGUCUGAUUUGAUAUCUAAUCUCGACAAUAUUAUCUGAGGUUUGCAGGAAGGAAGCAAAACUAAUGCCAGUUGCUGAAUUGAAUAACGUGGUACGUUAGACAGUAGUAAGAAAUUCCAUAUUGUUAAUUUCUGCACCCUAUUAGAUCAAUGGGCAGAUUCUGUAUGGGCGGAGUCACCAGAAUGCCUCCUCCAUCAUCAAAAGCGCCCUGUCGAAGGUCAAGAUCAUUUUGAUCAGGUAGUGUAUUUGAAGAACCAAGGAAAUAUAUCACAAGUCCUUAUUUCCAUCCCCCACCAAGUAUAUUUUCAACUGAACCACCAAGUUCAACUAAUUUCUGCCUUGCAUAAAGCAGUAUAAUCACUCAUCCCAAUUCUUUACAAUGACAAACAUUUAUAGAUUCUGUAGCAGAGCCCCUUCAAUAGCAGAGGACUAUUUUAAGCCUAAUAACAUCACCAUACAAAGCCCAGUAGAGAGAGCUGUGGUGUUACAAAAGACUGUUUAGACUGAUCUAAACUGAAAUCAGUGCAGACAGGCAUCACAAUACUCCAAGGUGUCUCCUUCCAUUGUCUCCUGCGUUAUUCCUGGUAAGGUCACAUGAUCAUGGAAAACCAACGGUCCAACUACUUAUGUCAGGCCAAAAUAAGGCAGGCAGGAACACACGCUACUUAACUCAACUGACAGCCUCAAUUAGACUGUGUGGUUCACAGACUCGUGAUGCAUCCCAAAUGGCACCCUAUUCCCUACAUUGUUCACUAUUUCUGACCAAAGUAGUGCACUGUAUAGGGAAUAGGGUGCCAUUUGCGACACACUCAUGAGCUAUGGGUCUCAGACAGACAGAAAGCUAUGUGUCCUGAAGCAGUGACUAGUGAUUUACUCUUGAGUUAUGACUGGUGGACAGGAACACAGAUGCUCUCAACCAGAUGGCUGUAGGACCAGUGAGGGAGCAUGGAGACACCCUGGAGCCCCAGACAGAGGUAAACACACACAACCAUGUCACAUGCAUACACCCAUGAUAUGUACUUCUCACACAGGAACAAACAGACACAUAUUCACACACUGUCUCCCUGUCAUCCUGUGUAUGUGUAGAUACUUUUUCUGAUUGAAAACGGCCUGAAGGUAUGAAGCAGCUCAAUGACAAAGGCUCUAUCUUCUACACUUUCACUCUCAUAUUCAUCAUUUUCUCACAGCUAGAAACAUGUACUUCCAUUGCACCCUCGGCGAUCGAUGUCGACAUGUUGAAAUAUGUGCAGCACGUCAUUCUGCCGAAGGUGAGUUACCUUGAGACUCUCCGAUGCUGCUCUGCUAUUCGUUAACAUAGGCUCAGACCUCUUCAGGGAGAGAGCGGGAGGGAGCAAAGGGGCCUAUUCUCUAUUCUAAUUGGCUGCUACAAGAGAGAGGGAGGACAAUGAGAGAGGGAAGACAGUAAUCUAUCCUAGAAACUGAGAGAGAGCAGGAUAGACAGGGAGAGUAAAGAGGAUGUGAACCUAUUCUAGUUUAAUGGGUCUUCUGACAAGCCAAACACCUGGAUGGGAGUCUCAGCCUAGCUGUCUGUCCACAUGGUUUAUUAUAUAAUAGUCUAUUAGAGGAUCAUGGUAUGAAGGCAACAUCUGGUAUGGGCACAUACCAGACACAUACUUUCCUGUUACUUCCUCUCACUCUCCAGGAACAAAAGAUCAUGCCGUGUCAAGAUGCUGAGUAGAACUGGGUCGUGUUCAUUAGGGCAUACCCUAGCAAACCGAAAACUAAAACGAGUGUUUCUUAUUGGUCAUGUUCAGAUAGUACCUCCCUGUUUCUUUCGGUUUCUGACAAUUUUUCUCCUGUUUCUAACUUAAUGAACACCCUGGUACUAGUUUGCUGCUCCAGUCACUCUUUAUUAUUGUCAGAUUUUCUUUUUACAAUAGUCCUUGAUAUAGGACAGGGGUGAAAAAUGAAUAUUGCCCUGGGGGCCGCAUUCGGUCUUCAACGAGGUCCGGUGGGCCGCACUGAAAAUGGGUUAUAUUUCCUCGCCGUCAAAAUUAGCAAAAGAUAGUCCUCUUGCCAUCGUUUUUUAAAAUAUCCGAUGCUCCUUGACUGCGUAGGUUUAAUUUAAGUGAUUAUUGGCAAGCUGGACACAGUCAAGAAAGUGUAUGAAUGUAGGUCCAUUAUCAUCUCUACACAAUUUCGAUUUGCUAUUAGUCAUUUUAAAGUAUAUUUAGUUCACAGCCCCCCCCCCAUUUUUAUUUAUUGUUUUACUUAAACCCCCUGCGGUCCAGAUUGGACACCCCUGAUGUAGAACCAUAAUGUUCCAAACUGCCUCACAAUUUACAAAACAAACCGUUCUUGCAUUGUGAUGUUUCUGGUUAUCAAUAGCUCGCUUUCUUCAUGUUUAAUGUGUCAUCAUGCAUGAUUCACUGUGUCUAUAAUUAUGGUUGACAGGGAGGUAUUGAAGAAAAUUCAAGUACAUUAUCUCUUUUGAACUCUAGGAGGAGGGUGGAUUCGGCAUCAAUUUCAGUGAGGAUGACUCCAAGAAUGGGGUGGUGAUUCAGAGUAUAACUGAAAAAGGACCAGCAGGAAAGGUAUGUCACUCUGUCUUACUCUCCUGAUUCAAACAGGUGUCCUCUAUAGCAGUGUUCUUCAAUCCUGGUCCUUUGGACCCACAAGGUGAGCUGGAUUUUGUUCCAUCCUAGCGCUAACCCACCUGAUAAAACUACUAGGACCUUGAUUAGUUCAAUCAAUAAAGUGCUGGGUUGGAACAAAAGCAUAUACAACCUGUAGCUGUCCAGGAGCAGUUUUAAAGAACAAUGCUGUACAGAAAAUAAUAUUGGACAUCCUACAUGUUAUGCUAAUUGGAUGGACAUAUUUUAAGAUUAAAAACAUUCUCUAACACCAGUCCUGUGUUACUCUAUGCAGGACGGCAGCAUCAAAUCUGGAGAUAAACUCCUGGCUGUGGAGGAUGAACCAGUGGUGGGCUACACUGUGGAGAGGGUAAGAUCUGCCUCUGCAGCCAUUUUAGACACACCCUACGGCCAGGGUUAAUGGAUAGUUAGUUGAUUCGUUUGUUGAGUGUUUCUUUAUUUUAUUUUUAUUACUUUGUUUUUACAGGUUUUUUGUUACAUAUACAUACAUUUUACAUAGUUUGAGUGUUAGUUUAACAUUUAUAGACCACAGGGAUGGGCAAAAAUUACUAAAUACAUAUAGAAAAUACCAUAAAGAUCAAUAUAUCAAAAUAAAAUACAAAAAUAAAUUUGCAAGUAGCCGGCCCGAACAGCAACAACAUUCUCAGUAACGGUUACAAAAACGCGUUACUUGCUCUGACUGUGAUAUGUUGUGUUUAACUACCUUAGUUAAGCAAGUCACUCUGGAUAAGCGUGUGUGCUAAAUGACCUAAAUGCAAAUGUGAAAAUGAACAUGCCAAAAUUCACUGCAAAGCACACUGGGUAUUGUUUUGGGGCAGAGCUCAUUAAAAUAAUACCCAGCAUGCUUUGCAAUUGUUAAUUUUUUACAUACAGUGGGGGGAAAAAAGUAUUUAGUCAGCCACCAAUUGUGCAAGUUCUCCCACUUAAAAAGAUGAGAGAGGCCUGUAAUUUUCAUCAUAGGUACACGUCAACUAUGACAGACAAAUUGAGAUUUUUUUUUCAAGAAAAUCACAUUGUAGGAUUUUUAUUGAAUUUAUUUGCAAAUUAUGGUGGAAAAUAAGUAUUUGGUCACCUACAAACAAGCAAGAUUUCUGGCUCUCACAGACCUGUAACUUCUUCUUUAAGAGGCUCCUCUGUCCUCCACUCGUUACCUGUAUUAAUGGCACCUGUUUGAACUUUUUAUCAGUAUAAAAGACACCUGUCCACAACCUCAAACAGUCACACUCCAAACUCCACUAUGGCCAAGUCAAAGAGCUGUCAAAGGACACCAGAAACAAAAUUGUAGACCUGCACAAGGCUGGGAAGACUGAAUCUGCAAUAGGUAAGCAGCUUGGUUUGAAGAAAUCAACUGUGGGAGCAAUUAUUAGGAAAUGGAAGACAUACAAGACCCCUGAUAAUCUCCCUCGAUCUGGGGCUCAACGCAAGAUCUCACCCCGUGGGGUCAAAAUGAUCACAAGAACGGUGAGCAAAAAUCCCAGAACCACACAGGGGACCUAGUGAAUGACCUGCAGAGAGCUGGGACCAAAGGAACAAAGCCUACCAUCAGUAACACACUACGCCGCCAGGGACUCAAAUCCUGCAGUGCAGACGUGUCCCCCUGCUUAAGCCAGUACAUGUCCAGGCCCGUCUGAAGUUUGCUAGAGUGCAUUUGGAUGAUCCAGAAGAGGAUUGGGAGAAUGUCAUAUGGUCAGAUGAAACCAAAAUAGAACUUUUUGGUAAAAACUCAACUCGUCGUGUUUGGAGGACAAAGAAUGCUGAGUUGCAUCCAAAGAACACCAUACCUACUGUGAAGCAUGGGGGUGGAAACAUCAUGCUUUGGGGCUGUUUUUCUGCAAAGGGACCAGGACGACUGAUCCGUGUAAAGGAAAGAAUGAAUGGGGCCAUGUAUCGUGAGAUUUUGAGUGAAAACCUCCUUCCAUCAGCAAGGGCAUUGAAGAUGAAACGUGGCUGGGUCUUUCAGCAUGACAAUGAUCCCAAACACACCGCCCGGGCAACGAAGGAGUGGCUUCGUAAGAAGCAUUUCAAGGUCCUGGAGUGGCCUAGCCAGUCUCCAGAUCUCAACCCCAUAGAAAAUCUUUGGAGGGAGUUGAAAAUCCGUGUUGCCCAGCGACAGCCCCAAAACAUCACUGCUCUAGAGGAGAUCUGCAUGGAGGAAUGGGCCAAAAUACCAGCAACAGUGUGUGAAAACCCUGUGAAGACUUAAAGAAAACGUUUGACCUGUGUCAUUGCCAACAAAGGGUAUAUAACAAAGUAUUGAGAAACUUUUGUUAUUGACCAAAUACUUAUUUUCCACCAUAAUUUGCAAAUAAAUUCAUAAAAAAUCCUACAAUGUGAUUUUCUGGAGAUUUUUUUUUCUAAUUUUGUCUGUCAUAGUUGACGUGUACCUAUGAUGAAAAUUACAGGCCUCUCUCAUCUUUUUAAGUGGGAGAACUUGCACAAUUGGUGGCUGACUAAAUACUUUUUCCCCCACUGUAUAUAUUUAUAUUUAGUUCAUUUAGCAGUCACUUUUUUCACACCAUAGUGCUAUCAGACGUACGAUACCAAUGCAGGGUGAGGGUAGCCACAAAAUGUAAACCGCUAUAAAAUAAAUGGUAUAGAAAAUUAUUUUGUAUUUUGAAAAUACAAAAUGCAUUGGAGUGUAUUCAGCCCAGUUUAAUUCAGAUUACAACAUAUUCAGAAGUAAUUCAAAUAUGUAUUUCAAACACAUGUAACAGAAAUACUGCCAAUCUCUGCUAGACCAUCUGUUGGGGACUAUCCAAUUGUGUAUUUUUUUUUUCUCCUACAUUUCAGGUCCAUUCUCUACUGCGGAAGGCCAAAGGCUCAGUGAAGUUGACAAUCUGCACAGAUGAGUCAUCGCCCCUCCCCCCCCACUAUACUGAUCAGGCCACCAGCCUACCCAGCAUCCCUAGCAUUUCCAUGGCUACCCUGGGACAGACUGAGUCAGAGCCAAUCAGGAGUGAGUAAACCGCUUGUCGUGUUGACAGGAGGACAUGCCAUUGAUCAUUAGCAUUUGGGUUUAUUGAACGUAAACAACUUAGCUGAAGAUUAACUUAAAUAUUGGUGCUAGUUAUAACUCAAAAUUUGAACGAAGUAUGAUUCACUCAGUUAUGUAGAGCAGAGUGAUAUACUUAUAGGACAAGUGCCCCCAACUUCAAUACCAAUCACUUGACAUACCAAUCACGUCUGUGAUUGUUAGUCAUUACUGUUUCUGCUGAUUUACACAAUGAAGAAUGAAACAGAUACAGUAUCCAAAUAUAGUAUAGUCUCUAGUUUACGGUGACUGAAUAAAUUCUAGUCUGAUUUUAGCCUGGCAUCAAAUGAAUAGGUGCUUUAGCCAACUCCUCUGAAUAUUUGUUGUAAUUGCCUUAUAUUGAAUGGCAUGCCAAUAAUAAUCAGAGGAAUUGGAUAAAAGCACACAGAUCUGGGACCAGGCUAGAAUGAAAACAUUUAUUCGAUCCUUCAUCUUAAUUUCCCCCUCUCGCUCAUCAGGCUCAAGUCGCUCGUCCACCCCUGGCACUCUGGCCUCCUCUGACCCUAUGACCUGUCCCAUCAUCCCCGGCUGUGAGACCACCAUAGACAUCUCCAAAGGCCAAACGGGCCUGGGCCUCAGCAUCGUGGGGGGCUGUGACACUCUAUUGGUAGGCCAAAGAGCAAACGCCACACACAGGAACUUUUCAUCAAAGCAGCUCUGUGAUGACUGGGUUUCUGAAGUGUCCCCUUGUAUUGUAGAAUAAUAACAAAACGUGUAUUUUUGAAUAUUCUAUGACAGAACGGUUGUUGGAUCCCAAUUAACAGAUUGCAAACUGACAGUUACUGACAAAGAAUCUGGGUUAGUUUUACAUAGUUUUCCAUAGAUUUAUCUGUAGUUUUAGAUCAGAAUUUACACUGGGUUUUUGUCCAAUUCAUUAUUUUAUAACAAUACAUAAGAAACAAGUAGAAGUUCAACCACUAACAUUACAAGAAGACCAAUUCCCACUACUACUUACAUAAUGAUACAAACUUAAAAGAUAUGCCACCCACUUAGAAGUCUUUGGUUAUGUGUGCUUUUAGAGCUGGUAGUAGUAUCCCAGGUCUGAAAUAGCUGUGGAGGCACUGGAAUGGCAAAGGAAUAUAGGAAAUAAUGCAGUCUGUCACACACACACACCCCGCUCCUCCUCUCUCCCCGCCAUUCUGUGUGCUCAGUCAGUCCUCAGCCACAGGAAGCAAUAUCCUGGAAUGCGCCCCAUGACCCGAGAAUGACCCCUCUCUCCCACACCGUCACCCCCCCCCACCCCUCCGCCAUAGACACCUACACACACAGACUCCAGCUACACCGCCCCACCCCUCCCCCAUAGACACCUACACACACAGACUCCAGCUACACCCCUCCCCCAUAGACACCUACACACAGACUACGGCUAGUGUCAACCUGUUCCACUCUGUCUCUAAUCUCCCAUGUAUUCCUGAACUCCUUCACCUUGUCAUUUUAUUCUCUUCAUUUCCCGCUCUCUAUUUCUCCUUCUCUCUUUUCCCUGUUCCCUCCUACUGUGUCACACACCUCUCCUAUUUCAUCACUUGUUUUUCCCCUUUCUCACACUUUUCUUUCUCUUCUCUUUCUCUAGGGGACCAUCAUCAUUCACGAGGUCUAUGAGGAGGGAGCUGCCUCCAAGGAUGGGAGACUUUGGACUGGGGACCAGAUCCUGGAGGUAUUGGAAUAUAACAGGGCCCGUAUUCAUAAUUUAGGAUCAGAUCCCCCGCCCCCCUGUAAUCGUAUUCCUUAUGAUAUAAAAGGCUAAACUGAUCCUAGAUCAGCACUCCUACUCUGAGACUUGACGAAUAUGUGGUCGUGCCGAUACACCUUCAGCAAUCCCAUGUAAUGGACAAUAUCAGACAGGAGAACCCAAUCCUAACUUGAGACAUGGGCACAUAUUUCACACUCUAGUAUAACACUGCAUUCAUAUCAAUAAGUGACACUUAAGAUAGGAUUUGGUUCAUAGAGUCUGAAGAAUAAUUUUUCAAUUGCACUUGAAUCAUAUGUUACAUCUAAAAUUAUAUAAAUACAGACAAUGAAUGGUAUAAAUAGUCAUUAUACAGUACCAGUCAAAAGUUUGGACACACCUACUCAUUCAAGGGUUUUUCUUUAUUUUUACUAUUUUCUACAUUGUAGAAGUCAUCAAAACUAUGAAAUAACACAUAUGGAAUCAUGUACCGGUAGUAACCAAGAAAGUGUUAAACAAAUCAAAAUAUAUUUUAUAUUUGAGAUUCUUCAAAUAGCCACCCUUUGCCUUGAUGACAGCUUUGCACACUCUUGGCAUUCUCUCAACCAGCUUCACCUUGAAUGCUUUUCCAACAGUCUUGAAGGAGUUCCCACGUAUGCUGAGCACUUGUUGGCUGCUUUUCCUUCACUCUGCGGUCCGACUCAUCCCAAACCAUCUCAAUUGGGUUGAGGUCGGUUGGGUCAUUGUCCUGUUGAAAAACAAAUGAUAGUCCCACUAAGCCCAAACCAGAUGGGAUGGCGUAUCGCUGCAGAAUGCUGUGGUAGCCAUGCUGGUUAAGUGUGCCUUCAAUUCUAAAUAAAUCAUAGACAGUGUCACCAGCAAAGCACCCCCACACCAUAACACCUCCUCCUCCAUGCUUUACAGUGGGAAAUACACAUGCAGAGAUCAUCCGUUCACCCACACCGCUUCUCACAAAGACACAGUGGUUGGAACCAAAAAUCUCCAAUUUGGACUCAAGACCAAAGGACACAUUUCCACCGGUCUGAUGUCCAUUGCUCGUGUUUCUUGGCUCAAGCAAGUCUCUUCUUCUUAUUGGUGUCCUUUAGUAGUGGUUUUUUUGCAGCAAUUCGACCAUGAAGGCCUGAUUCACACAGUCUCUUCUGAACAGUUGAUGUUGAGAUGUGUCUGUUACUUGAACUCUGUGAAGCAUUUAUUUGGGCUGCAAUUUCUGAGGCUGGUAACUCUAAUGAACUUAUCCUCUACAGCAGAGGUAACUCUGGGUCUUCCAUUCCUGUGGCGGUCCUCAUGAGAGCCAGUUUCAUGAUAGUGCUUGAUGGUUUUUUCGACUGCACUUGAAGAAACUUUCAAAGUACUUGAAAUUUUCCGGAUUGACUGACCUUCAUGUCUUAGUAAUGGUGAUGGACUGUCGUUUCUCUUUGCUUAUUUGAGCUGUUCUUGCCAUAAUAUGGACUUGGUCUUUACCAAUUAGGGCUAUCCUCUGUAUACCUUCUCACAACACAACUUAUUGGCUCAAAUGCAUUUAAGAAGGAAACACAUUCCACAAAUUAACUUUUAAUUAGGCACACCUGUUAAUUGAAAUGCAUUCCAGGUGACUACCUCAUGAAGCUGGUUGAGAGAAUGCCAAGCGUGUGCAAAGCUGUCAUCAAGGCAAAGGGUGGCUAUUUGAAGAAUCUCAAAUACAAAAUAUAUUUUGAUUUGUUUAACACUUUUUUGGGUUACUAUAUGAUUCCAUAUGUCUUAUUUCAUAGUUUUGAUGUCUUCACUAUUAUUCUACAAUGUAAAAAUAAAGAAAAAUCCUUGAAUGAGUAGGUGUGUCCAAACUUUUGACUGGGAGUGUAUGUAUAGAUGACAUGAUAUAUAGAAUGACAUCUUAAUAGUCAGCUUAACUGUCUGCCAGCCACCCUUUUGCCCUUUGCUUUGUUAUAGAGGCAGACUAGGGGUGUGACUGGGGCAGUUAGUCAUGGCAGCUCAGUCAAUGGGGCUGGAAGCACCUCACUAACCCCCUUUCAAUACAUGCACACACCAACACAUACACACCCUUAUGACUUAAUUGCCCCGCCUCAGUAAUUCACUUUGGGCCCUCAGCUAAGCUGUAGUAUUCACACUGCUCAUGAUAGGGUCAGGGGGAGGGUGAGAGAGUGGCCACCCAUUCUGUGCCUCAAGCAGAACCAAUGUCAUUAGCGACCCAUUUCAGUCUGCUAUGAGAAAAACCAUACAUGGCUAUGUUAGCGCUAAUGGGCUAUUUCCCCUUGAUAUGGAACCUUAAAGAGGUUGAACGGGAUCUUAAGCACUUACAAAUUCUGAACAUAUUGUACGAAUUGGAAUUCGUAACAUAUCAUACGAAUUGCAGGAUUUAAAAAAUAAUAAUUUGCAGGACGUAACAUAUAAUACGAAUGGAUGACGUUGUACACAAAUUGCACAAUUUUCGGGGACCCGUUUUGGCUUGUGUGUAAUACUUUCAACACUACUGGCUGAAAUUGUACAAAACCUCUGUAGCAUCACUUUAAAAUAAGGUUGCGGUUCUCAGCUCUAAGCUAAGUACAUUGUGGUGUUAUUACCAGAAAAGGUUUUCAAAAUAUAAGUAUAAUAUAAUUAUAGUAAAGUAUAGGCCUACCCUCACACAUGUAUGCUAGCUGUUGACUGUGUAUGUUGCAUUAUUCACAUCCUACACCAAUAUUCAUAUUUGUCAGUGUGUUUGGGCCUAUGGCGUUUCUAUUCAUAGGGACAAUAUAACAUGCUAUCGAUUCUACCCUUGCUGCCACAUUUUUAUAUUGACAAAUCUGUUUUUUUCUCUCUUCCUCUUUCAUCUCUCUUCCUCCUCCCUCCACCUGCUCUCUCUCCCCCUCUAAUCUCUCUCCCUCCCCAUCUCCGCAGGUGAAUGGCAUUGACCUGCGUGUGGCCACUCACGACGAAGCUAUCAACGUGCUGCGGCAGACUCCUCAGCUGGUGCGUCUGAGCGUGUACAGGGAUGAGGCCCAGUACAAGGAGGAAGACCUGUGGGAUGCCUUCACCGUGGAGCUGAACAAGAAGCCCGGCCAGGGCCUGGGCCUCAGCAUCGUGGGGAGAAGGUACUAGAACCUAUAAGUCUUAUAGGGACGUUUGACUGAAAACAUUUAAGGGAUGGCUUAAAAUGUACAUCGUAAACAGGGAUGUCCUAAAAUAUACACCGUAAAUGUGGAUGUCCUCAAAUGUACACCGUAAACAGGGAUGUCCUGAAAUGUACACUGUAAAGAUGUUGGAGAGAAGCUUUCUUUCGCUAGGAUGAUUAGAUUCGUUUAUUCGUCACAUAUACAGGGUCGCAGACGUAAUUGCAGGGCACAGUGAAAUUCUUAAGCUCGGCGCUCCAACAGUGCAGGUCAAAAAGUGAAGUGAAUGAAACAAUAAUAAAAAUAAUACUAAUAAUAUAUAUACAUAUUUAUGUAACUGUAACAAUGAUAAAUGUCCAUUGGGGUGGGAGCAGGGGGAGAAUGUCCCCGAGGGGAUGUCCAAAGGGAAAGCAGCAACCAAUCAGAGUUUAACUAGGACUCUACUAGCCUCUCUAGAGCGAUGGUUCUUAGUCCCAUUCACGGGACUAAUACACUUGAUUCAAGUAAUCAACUUAUCUUGUUUUUUUUCAUUUAGACCACAAUUAGAUUAUUGGACAUAGUUUAAAUAAUGUGUUGACUCAUUCAGACUCACAUAAGGUCAUGCUGAGCCAUCCUCAGUGUGUUAUCCCAGUAGAUAACAACACACGCCUUGAGGGUCUCUCAACGCAUGGUGUUAGAGGUGUGUGACCUCUAGCCCUAACUCACUGGAGACAGACAGCACAGGAAUGGCCCCAGCAGAGAAGCCUCAGGCAACCACCGGUGUGUGUGUGUGUGUGUGUGUGUGAAACAUGCUUCUCCUGUUUGCCUGAGCCAAUUAGACUGUUGAGGAGUCAGGCCUGCAGUGGUGAUGGGGAUAGUGUGUGUGUGUGUGUGUGUGUGUGUGUGUGUGUGUGUGUGUGUGUGUGUGUGUGUGUGUGUGGUGUGUGCGUGUGUGUGUGCGUGCGCAAGAGUGUGAGUAUGUGCGUAGGCCACAAGUUAUUGAGCAGUGGGGGUCAAGGUGUUUGACCUUUCCUAUCUCAGUGAUUAACAUUGGUCAUUGACUAGUUGCUAUACUUGCUGAGAAACUAGUUAAAUCAAUGGUGACGGGGGGGGGACCCACACUUGUUUUAAUAUACACUUGUUCUAGUAAGAAAAUUAAGAGAAUAUAAUGAGGAAGAUUAGGCAUUUUAAAGAUUUAAAUGUGUUCUUUAUUCAACAUAGGAAACGAAAAAGGAAACCUCGAACCGAUACCGAAUUGAAGAGUCUGAACGGGAACUGGUAUCGGAAAAGAAAAAAUCCCAAAGAUACCCAGCCCUUGCCCUAGUAGAUACAUGUAUAGAUAAGAUACAGUUGAAGUCGGAAGUUUACAUACACUUAGGUUGGAGUCAUUAAAACUUGUUUUUCAACCACUCCACAAAUGUCUUGUUAACAAACUAUAGUUUGGGCAUGUCGGUCAGGACAUCUACUUUGUGCAUGACACAAGUAAUUUUUCCAACAAUUGUUUACAGACAGAUUAUUUCACUUAUAAUUCACUGUAUCACAAUUCCAGUGGGUCAGAAGUUUACAUACACUAAGUUGACUGUGCCUUUAAACAGCUUGGAAAAUUCCAGAAAAUUAUGUCAUCGCUUUAGAAGCUUCUGAUAGGCUAAUUGACAUCAUUUGAGUCAAUUGGAGGUGUACCUGUGGAUGUAUUUCAGGCCUACCUUCAAACUCAGUGCCUCUUUGCUUGACAUCAUGGGAAAAUCAAAAGAAAUCAGCCAAGACCUCAGAAAAAAAAAUGGUAGACCUCCACAAGUCUGGUUCAUCCUUGGGAGCAAUUUCCAAAUGCCUGAAGGUACCACGUUCAUCUGUACAAACAAUAGUACGCAAGUAUAAACACCAUGGGACCACGCAGCCGUCAUACGGCUCAGGAAGGAGACGCGUUCUGUCUCCUAGAGAUGAACGUACUUUGGUGCGAAAAGUGCAACUCAAUCCCAGAAUAACCGCAAAGGACCUUGUGAAGAUGCUGGUGGAAACAGGGACAAAAGUAUCUAUAUCCACAGUAAAACGAGUCCUAUAUCGACAUAACCUGAAAGGCCGCUCAGCAAGGAAGAAGCCACUGCUCCGAAAACCGCCAUAAAAAAGCCAGACUACGGUUUGCAACUGCCUUGGGACAAAGAUCGUACUUUUUGGAGAAAUGUCCUCUGGUCUGAUGAAACGAAAAUAGAACUGUUUGGCCAUAAUGACCAUCGUUAUUAUUUGGAGGAAAAAGGGAAAGGCUUGCAAGCCGACGAACACCAUCCCAACCGUGAAGCACGGGGAUGGCAGCAUCAUGCUGUGGGGGUGCUUUGCUGCAGGAGGGACUGGUGCACUUCACAAAAUAGAUGGCAUCAUGAAGAAGGAAAAUGAUGUGGAUAUAUUGAAGCAACAUCUGAAGACAUCAGUCAGGGAGUUAAAGCUUGGUUGCAAAUGGGUCUUCCAAAUGGACAAUGACCCCAAGCUUACUUCCAACGUUGUGGCAAAAUGGCUUAAGGACAACAAAGUCAAGGUAUUGGAGUGGCCAUCUCAAAGCCCUGACCUCAAUCCUAUAGAAAAGUUGUGGGCAGAACUGAAAAAGUGUGUGCGAGCAAGGAGGCCUACAAACCUGACUUAGUUACACCAGCUCUGUCAGGAGGAAUGGGCCAAAAUUCACCCAAUUUAUUGUGGGAAGCUUGUGGAAGGCUACCUGAAACAUUUGACCCAAGUUAAACAACAGUGUAUGUAAACUUCUGACCCACUGGGAAUGUCAUGAAAGAAAUAAAAGCUUAAAUAAAUCAUUCUCUCUACUAUUAUUCUGACAUUUCACAUUCUUAAAAUAAAGUGGUUAUCCUAACUGACCUAAGACAGGGAAUUUUUACUAGUAUUAAAUGUCAGGAAUUGUGAAAAACUGAGUUUAAAUAUAUUUGGCUUCCGACUUCAACUGUAUACCCUAGAUUUUUACCUAGGUCUACCUUCAGUGUAUUUGGGUAAUCCUACCUGCUUUGGAACCUGCUUUUCCUUAACAUAUCUAUAGAUCCUGAACUGCCAUGCCUCUUAUUGGGUAAAACAAAAUGGACCUCAACGAACCACAGCAGGAGGCGGGCAUUUGAUCUGCAUUUUUACCUAAUAGAUUUAUAGAUACCUUAUUGUCCUCAGAGAGAGCCUAUUAGUUAAAUACAACAUUUUAGAACUACACAAAUAAAGAUGACACUUAAAAUGCAUAAUUUGAUUUGGUGUUGAAUCUAUCAAACCCUAACUGCAAAAUGCUCACACACAAAUGACAGACACAUGCACAGAGACCAAACACUCACACGAACAAAACAUAAACCCUGGUUCACUCAUAUGAUGUUUCUAUCCCCAACAGGAACGACACAGGGGUGUUUGUGUCGGACAUAGUGAAAGGGGGCGUGGUGGAGAGUGACGGGAGGCUGAUGCAGGGAGACCAGAUCCUCUCCGUCAACAAGGAGGACGUCAGAAACGCCACCCAGGAGUCAGUGGCUGCGCUGCUGAAGGUGAGCCUAUGAAAGAACCAUGGGAAGCCCCAUCUGGGUCAAAUAAAGCCGGGUCCCAGAUCUGUUUGUGCCGUCUUGAUACAUGACCACAGGCUUUGGCUAUACAGCACUAACAGAUUUGGGACCAGGCUGGGUUUAAAGUUUUAGUUGUCUCAAAUUAAGCUUAAAAUUGUUGAUGUGGAUAGAUAAUUUAUGUAUUUAGAAUUUGUUAAAAACUUAAAUGUAUACUGAGUGCUGUAUUGGCUCUUUUCCGACUGGUUGGUGUGGAAUACGUCACUAGCAUCUGUUCUUUGGAUGGUUUGUUUAGAUGAAAAGCUAUUUAUGUGUUUGUAUGUUUACAUGUUUGUGUUUGCAGUGCGGUGUGGGACCCAUAGUGAUGGAGGUUGGCAGAUUUAAAGCCGGACCAUUCCACUCUGAGAGAAGGUUCUCACAGAACAGUCAGGUAAGCUGCCAUUUUGUUUUCUGAACCUUAAUUAUAUCCUGGGGCCUGUUCAGGAGGGCAAUGUUACAGAAUGUUCAGAUAGAAAUGAAUCUAACAGAUAGGACCCAUGUAGAAUAGGGACACCCUGUAAGCUCUAUUCAUUACAGUUCUAUAUGAAUAUAUUUCAGCUCACUGAAUACUCCCCAGUUCUCUUCCUUCCUCUAUGGCCUAUUGGUAGUCCUUAGUCCCAAAAUGGAGUUCAGAUAAAGGAAAGCAAUUUGUCAUUCAUUUCACGUUUCUCUUUCCUUGUGUUUGGGUAGAUGAGUGAAACAGGCAGCUGCAAGGUGACCCCUCACUCUCUGUCAGCCUCCUCUGGAAGCCUCCAGAUGGACUGUGACAGCGUACAACAUACAAGUCAGGAGUCUAAGACAUUUUCAGUUGAUAAACAUGUAGCUGUUUGGAAAACUAAAGCUAGCCGUCAUUUGUCUUGAUUCAUUUUGGCUGCUUACUCUUGUUUUUUACUCUUUUACAAAGCACUGGACCACCAGGAGACCAGAAGUGUUGAAUUCACAAAGGUCAGCUUUCUUUUAUAAUAUUUAUCAUUAUUUGGAAAAACUAAACAAUUUUUUGCUUGUCCUUGUAUUAAGAUUGAUGCAACAUACCGAUUGUACUGGUUUUCGUGGAGAGGUAACCCCCUAGAGUAGAUUGAUGCACCGGUGCGUCAAUUUAAGUAACAUAAUAACAAAAUCCCCAUCAAAAUCCGUCAGUUUAAGCUAGAGAUAUCUGUCUCAAUCCACAGUAUUCGCCGAUGUCGCACUUCCGCAUCUGCAGUGAAAGGUGGCAGAGCUAGAGCGAUGUUUGUCAGACCAUGAGACAUCCGGAAAAUCGGUCUUCUCACGAAAACGUCUGUAGCGUUAGAACGGUUUGACCUACAAACGAAUGUGACCACUCUAUGGAAAGGGGAGACCGUCUCGAACAGGGGACUCGUCUGAAGUUGGUACCGUCAAUGUGCCAACUUCUGUUUGUAGCGUCUGAACCGUUUGGGCUACAAACUAAUGUGAUGGUGUUUUCCGUUUUGCUCUACGACCCCCACAAGUGCCACGGAACUCGUCUGAAGGUAACCGGCACCGGUUUGCAAAGAUGAAUGGAAGUAUGAAGGUAGUUUUGUGCCUACCCAAAGGUUUUAUAUCUCCUAGAUAUAGGACAAACACUUCAAAACCUUGUUUCUUAUUAUAAUUUUUUUGACUGUCUUUUUUUCCAUUUAUGAAUGUGUUAAUCAGUGCGUUUCUAUGGGCUAUAGUAGUAGUAUAUAUUUUUGUGAUACCUAAAGUGGUCCUAAAAUUCAAAGAAAUAGCUCAAUUAUCCAUAGUAUGACCAUCUUAAAACAAUUCCAUAUGUCAGCUUAGAACCCCUCCUCCAACGGCUUAGACCUUUAAGAAUUAAACUACUUUACACUAUUUAAAUAUGUAUUUUAUUUGUCUUUGUGAGGUAACUUACUACAACUGGUUAGUGGUUGUAGUGAUUUUGAAGUACUUUUGUAAUUGGUUGUCUUUCCUCAUAGGGUCUCACUGAUUCAUUGGGCAUCAGUAUUGCGGGUGGAGUGGGCAGUCCCCUGGGUGAUGUGCCCAUCUUCAUCGCCAUGAUGAACCCUACCGGCCUUGCUGCCCAGACACACAAACUCAAGGUGGGUUGGGACCUGAUCAAGAGGAUAUGGGUUAUGUGGGCUAUGUUUGUUGAGUUCAAGGACCCUCAAGGAAAGUCAGACUCCGCUGAUCACAUGGAGUCUAUUCACUAAAUGUUCACCUAAACAAGAGAAAGAGAUUCGUUUUGAGCUACAAAUUAACAAACAGCAAGGAGCUUUAACAUGUCGAUGGAUGUUCAUACAAAUACACCAAACGCGAGCACAAACUUCAAGUUUAAGUCAACUUUAGAAUAUUUACACCUAAGUGUAUUCUUCCUUUAUUUGUGGCUGGUUCAUUUUGGACAGUGGGCUAUUCAGAUUUGUGCCCGCAACUUAGACUUUCUUGUCAAUCUUUCAGUGUUGUCAAUGGGGGAAUUCCGUGAAAGUGUUAUCUCAAGUCUAAAUACUGCCUGUAGUCAGUUUCAAGUCAUCACGUAGGUUGGUACUAUUAGGGUCGAGGGCCUUUACAGCUGAAAGCGAUGGCCUAUGGCCUCCUGCAGAAGGACAGACAAACGGACCAUUGUAGCCCCCACAGACAGACUGGCAACAGACAAUAGUAGAGCAGUAAUCCAUAGGAGACCAUAAAUCUAGUUAUACUGCACUGAGCCCAUAAAAUGUAACAGAAUAGAGGGCCUGUCUUAGAUGUCUUAAAUAGAAUAUCUAUGCUGGUAUCCCUUCAAAAGAACAAGAAGAAUGGGUGAACUAAAGCAGCCGAAACACAAAGCAGUGGUUUAGAAAUACUGGAUAUGGUUUGCUUGCAUUAGAUAUGGCCUACAUUAACUUUAUCAGUAGUUCUCUUAUUUUAUAAUUACUAAGUCAGUAUUAUUAUAAUCAAUUGCUUUAUGAUCCCUGGCCGAAGGCCGGCUGAGUAGCGGUAAUGCGUGAUCACUAUUCUCAAUCAACACAAACCACUAUCUCCCUUCCGCUAAUCCCUUCAAAUCAAAUUUUAGGUGUGGACUAACACUGAAAUGCUUACUCAAGGGCUCUUCCCAACGAUGCAGAGAGAAAGAAAAUAGAGAAAUAAUAGAAAAGUAAAACACAUAGUAAUAAUAAUAAUAGCUAGUGGCAUACAAUACAAUGCCUUAAAUACAUCUUUGUUAGUUUACAAUACAAUGCCUUAAAUACAUCUUUGUUAGUUUACAAUACAAUGCCUUAAAUACAUCUUUGUUAGUUUACAAUACAAUGCCUUAAAUACAUCUUUGUUAGUUUACAAUACAAUGCCUUAAAUACAUCUUUGUUAGUUUACAAUACAAUGCCUUAAAUACAUCUUUGUUAGUUCAUGCCCACAAGGACCUAGGAGGUAGGGGUUAGGGAUCGAUUUAGGGAUUGAUUUAGGAUUAGUUGUUGUCUCUAUCCCAAAUGUACCAGUAUUACAAACAUUGUGACCAAGGGGUUAACACAUGCUGUAACCUCUAACCUUGUGACCUCUCUGUGACCCCUCCAGAUCGGUGACAGGAUCGUCAGUAUCUGUGGGACCGCUACUGAGGGUAUGAGCCACAGCCAGGCCGUCACCCUGCUGAAGAACGCCACCGGCACCAUCGAGCUGCAGGUCAGUGAAAGACUUCUCAUUGUCAUUCUCCCAACUACAGUAAGAUUAUACUGGUCUUUUUAGCAACAACGCAUAUACAACGCAUAUCUGAAAACCUUUACUUCAUCAGUGAUAACUGAAUACAGAUAUAAUGAUGAAGUAAAGGUGUUGUAUAUACGUUGUUGCUAAAAGAUUAGUAUGGUCUUGUGUCCAAUGGUGUUUAUUGUGGACAUUGAGCUACCCUUAAUUGAUUUAUCAUGUAUUAUCUGUAGCUUGGUACAGUAUAUAGCUCUUUCUGUUUUAUGUGGCUGCUGUCAUCUAUGUCAUGUUGUCUGUAAAUGUUGAUGAUGAAAUUGUUCUUUAUCGCAGUGCUCCAAAAUGCGAGACAAAUUCCUUUAAAAGGCAAGUAAAUGAGCUGAUGAACUGAACAAACAAAACUAAAUGACCUUUUCAUGUAUCACGCGUCUUGCAACAACAAAACCCAACAGGUGGUAGCAGGGGGUGAUACCACAGUGACCGGCCCCUCUCAGGAACAGACAGCUGCCGGACUCUCGGUCUCCAGCCUUACUGCUACUAGCAUCUUCCACGAUGACCUGGGGUACGCACGCACGCACGCACGCACACACACACACACACACACACACACACACACCUGUUGCUCCUGUCAAACCCGUACAAGGCCUGAUAAACAUCAACAGAAGAUAACUAAUGACAACAUUUCUCUACAUCCUACAGACCUCCUCAAUAUAAGGCCAUUACCCUGGACAGAGGCCCAGACGGCCUGGGCUUCAGCAUUGUUGGUGGCUUUGGAAGCCCACAUGGAGACCUGCCUAUUUAUGUGAAAACCGUGUUUGGAAAGGUUAGGGGAAAUCUCCUCUUUUCACUAAAUGAUGUUUAAUAAAGCAAGUCAGUAUAAUAUUUUAAAUCGAUGAAAUCUGUUCCCUUUUGAAUUUACAUUUUCGACAGUUGUAAUUGUAAGUGUGGUAACCUGGCGUGUGUAUGUUCUCCAGGGGGCAGCGUCAGAGGACGGGCGUCUGAAGCGGGGGGAUCAGAUUAUGGCUGUUAACGGACAGAGUCUGGAGGGGGUCACCCACGAGGAGGCCGUGGGCAUCCUGAAGAGGACCAAGGGAACAAUCGCCCUCACUGUGCUCUCCUAGAUACACACACACCUCGCCCUACACACA